ACUCACGCAGAGCCCACGCUCGCAUUCAACAGGAGAGGGAAAGGCUGCCGGAGUGAGAAGGGAAGGUCGCCCUCUCUGCCUUUUUGCUCUUCUGCAUCUCUCCCUCCGUCCAUCCGUCCGCCCUUCCUCCUUCCCCCUUCCCUUCCUCGUCUCCGAGCAGCGCCAUGGCCAAGGAAGGAGCCGAGAAAGCCGAGGAGACGGAGCAGAUGAUCGAGAAGGAGGCAGCCGAAGGCGGCGGCGGCAGCAGCAGCCCGAGAGGCGCGGACGCGAAGGAGAUGCGCGCCGUGGUGCUCUCUGCCUUCGGGGGACUGAACAAGCUGCGGGUGUCCAAAAAAGUGAUGCCGGAGCCUCAGGAAGGAGAACUCAAGAUCAGAGUCAAAGCCUGGUCCAGUAUUAUUCUUAUUCUUACUCUUAUAUCAGCAUCGUCAUCAUCCUUCCCACUCACCCACCCACCCCUCCAGAAGCAUAUUCCUAGGAAGACAGGAAACUGCCUUAUACAGAGUCAGACCCCUAAGCUCAGCAGCAACGUCUACACUGACUGGCAGGGGCAGUCCAGGUUCCAGGCAGAGAGUUUUCCCCAGUCCUGCAUGGAGGUGCCAGGCACUGAACCUGGGACCUUCUGCAUGAGAAGAUGUUCUGCCUCUGACCCCCAUCCAGCCCCUCCCCCCCACUCCUUGCCAUCCAUAUUCUGAAGCCCUUCUCUGCAUUUAGUGAUAGCAUCCGUGUUUCACUGGGCGAGCAUUUUUUUAAGUGCCUUGGUAGCCUAUCCUUUCAGCCUGAGGGUGGACAGGAGAGAGAUCUUGCUUGCCCUUGGGAAUGAAUGGAUGGGAUAUGGGGAUGUUCUUUGUGUGCUCACCCCUCCAAGACACUUUUGCAAAGUUACAGGCCAGUCCUAGGCACAUUUUCCCAGCAGUACAGUGGGGGCUUGGUGUCAAGUAUAAGGGGUGCCACCCUGUGCAUAUUUACCCACAAGCAGGUCCUGCUUAAGUGCAGUGUGUCUUACUCCCAAGUAAGAAUGCAUCAGAUUGCCAGUUUUCAUACAGGGCGAACCUUUGAGGAAUUUACUCAGAUCUAAAACUGCUCAGUGGGGCUUUCUUCCAGGAGAAUGUGCAUAGGAUAACCACCUUAAUUUACCAUUAUUAUGGUGCUGGUGAUCACCUUAAUUUUCCAUUAUGGUGGUCCUCAUUCUGUACAGCUGAAUGGGAGCCCUUCUGCUCCUAUUGCUUCAGCCUUUGGAAAUGGAUAUGAGGACGAGGUAAGAGCUGGGAAACAGCAUUUUGGCCUUCUGUGAUUCUUUUCUGUCAGUCUUCCCUCUUCUCCCAUGUUUGUGACUCUGCAGUUUAGUAGUAGACUGGCUGGUUUCCAAGACACUACUCGCCUCAGCAUCCUAUUAGGCUUCUUGUAUGGUGUGAAGUUCUUUUUCUGUCUGUCAGCCAUGCAUUGAUUGCAUAUGGUUACUGUGACCCAGCAUUGCCUUCGCUCUGAAUGAAUCCCCUUUUCCCCCAGCUGAGUCUUUUCUCAUCUCUACAUUUCUCUGCUGCCUGCUAAUCCUAACACAUUUUCUCAUGGGGAAGCAACUCAGUGUUUGCUGUUAUUGCUAGUUUCCUGCAUUGUGUCUAUCUAGCAACUGUGCUGAGGUGGUCCAACGCUUGGGCAAGCUGAUGGUAAAAGAUGGGUAUUUAAACUUCUAGGCCAGUGCUCUUCACCCCAGGGACUGGAAAUAUCAUUGCUCUACAACUCCCAUCAUGCUGAGCCAUCUUAGACAAUGGGCAGGGAUGAUGGGAGUUGUAUUCUAGAAACAUCUGGGGACCCAUAUGUUCUUGCGGUUACUGGCUAAAGGCUAUUGGCAUCUUGCUGAAGCUAAGUGGGUUUAGACCUGGUUAUUGCCUGAAUGACAGGCCUGGGAAACACAUGUUAUGCUAUACUGGGUCCCUUGAUGGAAGAAAGGUGUCGUGCAAAUGUAAUAAAACAAAUGUACAAUGGAAUAAAUAUUAGAAUGAAUUUGAUGUAAGAUUCAAGCUAGCCGGGGGUGGAGGUAGUAGCUCAAUGCCCCUUCUGUUCUUGGGCAAAGUUAGGUACUUGAAGGUGUUGUAAAUAAGUUGAGGCUGCAAUCUAAGGUGUGCUCACUUGAUGAAGUCAACUCCAUCAAAAUCAAUAGGACAUCCAUAAAUUUAUGGUGUGGAUGUGACCUGAAAAUGAUGCAGCCUAGACACAUAUUGGCCACCUCACUAAGAGCUAGGCCUCCAUUUUGAUGUUUCCCCCUCAUGGAAGGGGACUAGACUUCCAUGAUGGCCUUUAUACUAUUGAGUUGUUUUCCUGCUCCCAUUUGUCCCUAAGCUGCCCCCCAACCAAGCUGGCUUUCCCUGGAAGGGGAUGGGAGGCUGGCGUUUCCUUACACAUCAUACAAUUAGGCAUGGGGAUUUGCCUGAUGAUCCUCCCUGUGCCUAUAAAUUUAGGCAUUCCAGGGCAAGCAUUAUACAGUGCAGGUAAAGUGCAGGUGUGUUUAGAUGUAUAUCUGAUUUGGUUUGCAGUUCAUUAAACUGCAAAAAGGCAUUCACCAUAACAGUUUUAUAUGACCUUGUGGUAGAGGAAGCAGGGACUGAACAGCAUGCACUUUGCAUGAAAAUGCACAUUUUCUGAAGCCAGUCCUUACAUGCACACUGCCCUUUUCUCAAGGCUAAGUCAUUAGCAGCUGUCAGAGGUGAGCUAGGAAUUAGAGCCAGCAAGUCAGAAUAGAAGAACACAGAGAAACACACUAUACACAGCAAGACCAUGGCACUUAAUACCCCUUUGUGUCCUGGAGGGACAUAGGAAAUGGCUUUAUACCAAGUUGGUCCAUCUAGCUCAGAAUUGCCUGCAGUGAUUGGCAGUAGCUCCUUAGGGUUCCAAACAAGAGGCCAUUCCCAGCCCUACCUGGAGAUGCCAGGGAUUUACGGUAACCCCUGACCUUCUGCAUGCAAGGCAUCUGGUUCUUUUCCACCCAUAGAUUUUAUUAAAGUUUGAAAAAGGCAUACAAAAGUUAACAUCAAAUACCCAAUAUUUUUUAGAAUAUCAAAGAUAGAAGUAGUUAAUCCAAAUAAACACAAACCUAAAUGAGUAAAAGAGAACUUCCAAUUCUUCAUCUGUUGGCUAUAUGUAGAAAAUUACUCAAAUCACACACUCAAAGGUAACACCAAACUAUUCCACUUUCUAAAAACCGAUAUUUUAUUCAGUUCUCAAACCCAGAUAUCACAAAUUUCAUUUUAGACAUUGGCUCUGGUAGGGGCUGCUCUGUCAUGCAACAAUAAAAGGGGGGAAGAGGGUCAGUUGGCUUUCACUGCACACACAGCGAAAACAAGCAAACCUGGUUAUUUGGAAAGCCAACUCCAUGCCCAUCCGUUUUGUAGCUUGAAGGGAUCCGUGCAGGGUAGGCUUUCCAAGGAAGACUUGCCCAUCAGCUGGUAUCACCAGUAACAUUUGCAGCCAACGGGAAUACAAUAUUGGGAGGGGGCAGGUUAGCCCCGCCCCAUGUAAUCAGUCACAAGACCAUUUGAAUGGCAAUGUCCAUCAACUUUGGGGCCCCCAGCCCCCUCAAAUAUUUUAUCCCUAAGAGUUGGUUCCUAUGAUUUGCAGGUGGUUGGGUGUGGUUGGGGAGGGGAAUAGCCUUGCAGACCCGGAAUGGCUGAGGUUCCUCACCCCUGCUCUAGGCCAUAGUGAAAUUCAAAUUGGUGAGAGAGGUCACAUCUCCAUCUUGACCUUUGAAGGAAAUGUUCACUGUCAGUGUGUGAGUAGCAUGGACUUUCUUCCUUUAGUCCAUGCAAAUAUUUUGGCGGCCAGGGGGAGGAGGUUUCCCUGUCCCUGGCUUGUUUCCUAGUGCAUCUCUAUGAGGAACAGCCACUCUACCCAUGGUGGAAGCAUCAGCCUCUUUUUCAAUAUAACUCCACAUUUUAAAAAGAAAAUCAAUACAGGAUGCUAUUCCUCAAGUUCUUUGCAAGCAAAAUCCAUAGAAGUUAGGACUUCUGGGCAUACAUGCCAGAGAAGGAGAGUUUUGUCAUGCAAACAGCUGUGCUCUGCUCUCGCUACGCAAAUGCCCUGGCAUUUUCUGGGAAGAAAAUGUCAAGGUGAACGCUAAGAUGCUUAUUUUAGAAUCAGGUGAUGUAAUCUGGAGGGUGAGUUGGUUUGUUUUGCCAAGGGUCAGGUGUAGAGCGGGAUCCGGUGAGUGUUGCUUUCUCUCUCAAAAACCCACUCAGUUCUGUUUGGUUUGCAACAUUCAAACAUAUCUGAUCAAGCUAGAUUGUCUUAGGGCAGCAGUUUAAUUGUGUAUCACAAAUUGUUGCUGGCUGCCUUGGUGCUAAGGUGGCCUUGUGACCUACAGAGGAUAGGCUUCUCUGAAGGACUGACAGAGGACAGCUGUCCCUCUGUUUGAAGGGCUAUCCAGUCCAGGUAUGGUUAAAAGAAAAGAACCCUAACAAGGGAAAACUUUCAUCUCCAAGGUAGCCCUCAACAGUUAGACUGUGGACAGAAAACUUUGCAGUCACUUAGGUCACUUGGAAAGGACAGUAGCUCAGUAGUGUAGCAUCUGUCUUGCAGGCAGAAAGUCUCUGGUUUAAUCCCUGACAUCUCCAGUUAGGGCUGGGACAUAGCCCUGUCUCAAAUCCUGGACAUCCACUGCCAGUGAGUGUAGACAACACUGAGCCAGGUGAAGCAAAGGCCUGGCUCAGUAUGAAACAGCUUCCUGUGCUCCUGGCCAUUACAGUGAAAUUUAUUGUAUUUCUGUUAGAGUAAUUAAUUAUGCACAUCUAUGAAUAUCAAUUCUUCCUUUAUUUUCGAGCGAUACAUAAAUGACAAUCCUAAAUUUUCCGAGCUUCAUGUUGAGGAAGAAUGAUGAUUUUUAAAAAAGUAGUGUAAGUCUACUGUAGUUACGGAUGUAUUCUCAGUGGUUCAGCGAUGCUAACUCCCAGAUGCAAUUUACUUAUGACUAAGGCUUGAUAUACACAUGCAGAGAAUGAGGACAUGGAGAGAAUGUCGUGAAGUAGUAGAAUGGACUGUACCCCUGCAGAGGAGGUUGUUGUUUUAAAUCAUCACAUGUAAAAAGGCUCCCUUCCAAAAUGCAUCUGGCAUUGCAGGCUGAAAGGUCAGAGUCGCCCAUCUACCACCUCUGCUAUUUUUCUCCAUGCAGGUUGUUUUACAUAGCAGAAUGCUGCUGGUUGUUUUUUUUAAAAAAAUGAUAUUCCUCCCUCACCCCAUGAUAUCUGAAAAUGUACGGUUCUUUCUUGAAUAUACAGCUAUACAGUGGUACCUUGGUUCUCAAACGUAAUCUGUUCAGAAGUCCGCUUGACUUCCGAAACGUUCGAAAACCAAGGUGCGGCUUCCGAUUGGUGCAGGCGCCCCAGAAACAAUAGCCAACAGCUACAUCAGACAUUCAGCUUCCGAAAAACGUUCGAAAACCAGAACACUUACUUCCUGGUUUUCAGUGUUCGGGAGCCGGAAUGUUCGAGUACCAAGACGUUUGAGAACCAAAGUUCCACUGUACUAUAUACAAAUUACUAUAUCAGUUGUAUAGUAAUUUUCUGUGAUGUGCCUGUUCUUAGCUUGUGGCGUGAUUUGGUGUGAUGUUUGAAGAGAUGAGUUCGUAGUCAUUUCUUGCAGCAGGAAACUGGAUGAGGUUAUUUUUAGCUCUUUUCAGCCUCUGGGAUUCAGGCAUAUUACAUGCAUCACUUUCCUCUCUCCCUUCCCUUUUCUAAACAAGUAGCAAGGAUGCUGACAAGUCCAUUCAAUUGGAACCUAUGUAUGUUUACUUGGAAGUAAGUUCUUACUCAGUGGGGCUAACUCACAAAUAAGUGUGCUUAUAACUGCAAUGCCUACCUUUUGGCGUAUAGGAUGUGCCCAAGAUGUUAUAAGAAAUAACACAAAAGCAAAGUGGUUUCUGGACAGUUAUACACAUCAAAGUCAGUAUCAUUAGUAGUAGUAGCAGCAGCAGUAGUCGUUGUAUAUAUUUAUUUAUACCUCUCCUUUUUUCCUAACAGGGACUCAAAGCAGCUUACAGAUAAAAUAGGAAUAGCUAAAACAUUGGGGGGGGGCGUCUUUAAAAACAAACAUUUACAGAAUUAAAACUAUAUAUAAAUAUAAGAGAUAUAUUAAAAAAACACCAUACGAAUAAUUACAAUAAAAACAGCAUAGCCUCAGGCCUUUCAUUAAAAGCAGUUGGAAUAAGAAGGUGUUCUUCACCUGCUGGUGGAAGGAUAGCAAGAAGGGAGCCCGUCUAACUUCUCUAGGGAGGGAUUUUUAAAGUCUGGGAGCAGCCUACAUCAGUACACCAGAACCAAAACUUUCAGCCUUACCAGUUGCCAUUGUUCAUAAAUCACAAAGCACUUAGUUGAUUAAUCUUCCACUUAUACAAAUAUGGAGUUUCUAGUCUUAAUAAGAUUUGGUGCUAUCAAUGUGAGUCACAGUGGGCAGAGGGAUAUCAUCUGGUUUUAGGGCUUCAUUGUGACUUUUAUUAUAGCUUGUAUGUUGCCCUGAACAUAUAAAAAGGCAGGAUAUAUCUGAUAGAUGCAGAAUUGGAGGCUGGGUCAGAGAGCCAAUCAGUGCUCAACUUGCGAUCAGGAGCAAUAAUUAAAUUAGGCACUCAUUUCCAUUGAUGUUUCCAAUGACCUAGAUCUCCUCAUGAAUGUUGUCUUGUAUUCACGCAGCUUUUCAUUCAGUUUUUUUCUGGGUCAGGCCCUUUCUGUCUUUAAUGUCUGUGUUAGCUUCCACUCAGACAUCCCUGGCUCAAUGUUCCCAGAACACUGCUUUGCAUAUGAACAAUCGGUGCAAGAACUCUUUAUCCCCACAUGAAGGAUGUGAUAUUAUAGGAGUUAGCAUGGUGUAUUGCAGCUCUCCCCAACCUCAUGAUCUCCAUAUGUUUUGUACUAUCAUUUCCAUCAGGGUGUAAUUCCCACUCUGCCAAUGUGCAGGGAUUUAUGGCAGUUGUAGUCCAGGAUACCUGGGGGGCUUCAGUUUCUCUACUCCUGGCUUAGAGGUGUACAGGAAACCAGAAGACUUGCACAGGUGCUCGUAAGGGAUAUCAAAAUUGGUGUUUACCUCCACACAGAAAUUUGAAAUGUGGUGCGGAAGCAAUACAGGGAGAAGUAUCGAAGUCUGAAAACAGGGCUUUUUAUCCUUCACAAGCCCUGUUCACACAGCAAUUCCAUGUUCAAUGAAUGUGUGAACUGUGAUUAUGUCCACUUGUAUGCAUGUAGUCCCUGUUCAUGGGUACAGCUAAGGUUGAAGAUAUGGGCAGUGGAUGCAAGUCCAUUCCCCCCGCCUCCACUUCACUCAGUGAAUGUAGAAUGGUUGUGAGUAUAGAACUGCAGCCAAAACCUGGAUUGUGAAGGUUGUCUGAUGACAGCUUGCCAUGGCACAAAACAGACAGGACCAGUGUCAACUGCAACAAAAUGCUGCAAUGUCUCCUCAACAUUCCUAACAGAUAUGCCCCUAUUCCUGAUUCCAGCUGGCUAAUCCGUCAAAGUAACACAUUCCCACCUUCUUCUAUUUUUCCUUUUCCAAACAACUCGGCAUUCUGUGGCUCAUUCCUCAUUGGACUAGUUUGGGGUAGAGAUUGCUCCUUAGGGAUUUUGGAGGUCUGCAAAAUUUAGGGUUAUCCUAAGCAGCUGAUACACAUGCUCACACCCCUGUUUCUCAGUGGCCUAGUUUUGGCACUCACCACCUGAGUUUGCUACUAGAGGGAGUGCCGUAAGGCAGUGAGAGUUCUGUGUCUCCCUUAUACACUUGAAUCCGCCUUGGAUUGGGAGGGGCCCCAAUUUCUAGUAGUAACCAAAACAAUCUAGUUCCACUAACGUGUUGUUAUCACAUUCUUUGUUUGGAGCUGUUCUCUGAGAUUACAUCCAAGUCUGUUACGAGACUUCAAAGGCAAUGUAAUGGUUAGUUUCUCUGGCAUCUCUACAGAGAGGCAACGUGUAAACAUGUUUCUAUCUUUAAACAGCAUUAAUUAUUUUCUGAUAUUGAGAGGGGACACAAAGAGAAGGAAAUGGCCUGUCUCAAGGGUUUUUCUUACAGUGUUGGGAAUACAGUGAAAUUUUCUUGUAGCAGAGUCUGCCUACAGCAGAACCAGUCAAGGAAAAAGGUUUAUAUAGUUAAUCCCAUUUUGCUUUGUUUAGGCUGCAUCCUAGCUACACUUACUUAGCAGUAAGUCUCAUUGAAGUCAAUGGGGCUUGCUUCUGAAUAGACAUGUAUAGGAUUGCACUGUUAGUCAUGUUUACCAGAGAUGCAGUGAGGAUCUUUUCAAGUUGAGAAAAACUCUUCCAAUACAUGGAUAGUUUUGCUUCAGUCUUCAGCACCAGCACUGGGCUUGUACACCUUUAAUAGUUGUGUGCAAGAGGGAGUUUCAAAAGGUGUAGCUUAAAACUAUUUAUCAAAGCUGCAAUAACUUCUCUUUUUCACCCGGCCACCCUAGGAAAGGGAAACUCAAUGGGUAUGAACCUAUCAUAGGUAUCUUUGUUGGUCCAUGGUGGGAUCCACAGAAAAACAAAACCUUUAUUAGGGCCAAUUCAAAUAUUGCAAAGUAUUUAGCAAACCUUUGAGUUCUUCAGAACUCAGGUAGGAUGUUAUGCAACAUCCCUGGGGGAUGUUGCAUAAAGGCCCACCAGGGGUCCUAAUUAGGCCUGUGAGACCAUUUCUCCCAAGUCAUAUCCACCCCUAGCUGAUUUUCAAGAGAAAUCCAACAUGCAUCAAGAUUUGAGCUUUUCAUUUAAUCCUGAUGGGCAUGUCUUUUGCUGUGGAUGCUCAGUUCAGUUUUCAUUUCCAUCCUGUGUCUACCUCAGUGUUUGGAUAAGAGAUGGCUUUCUGUAGGUCAGUGUGGUUGCUGGAAUUACAUAAUAUGGCCUUUCCCCUUCUAAAAUGUGCUUUUCAAAUGUGGGUUGUGCAUGGUCUCUUAAUAUAGCUUUGAAAGACUUCACAAAUGCAAACAGUGAAGUACAAAUAAUUCAUAAGGAGACAUGUCAAAUUGCUGCACAGACUUUACGCAGAAAGUGAAUACCCAUCUGGAUUAGGUCAGUUAUGCUUUUCAAAUAUGCUCUGUAUAUCCUACAUAAUCUAUUUACAGAAGACAAUAUUAAAUAUAUAAAGCGAAUUCUGUCAUUGUGUCACCUGUACCUGUGUCAUCAGUUUGUCAGUGACCAGUUGGUGGGUAAUGCAAUUCCCGAGAUUCAGAAGGAGAUGGCUAUGCUAUUGAUGUUGAAACCUGGAAAAGACUUCUCUAAACUCCAUUUCAUAUGUUAUGCAUAUGAACCUAUCCAGACCCUUAGUGCUUUCUAAGAGGCCCUUCUCCAGGUGGCCCUCUGAGGAAGGCUUGGAGGGUGAUGACAGAAGAGGGGGCAUAUUUAGUUGUGGCUCCCCAUCUGUGGAAUCCUCUCUCUAGUGAGGACUGCCUGGCACCUUCACUGACAUAUUUUGGGCACCAGGUAAUGACUUACCUUUUCUCCCAGGACUUUUAAUUGACUGAGACAAUGUUGUUUUGUUACUAGUGUGCUGCCAAAGCAUCCUGUGGCUGUUAUGGUCAUUGUUUUAUUUUGAUGGCAUAAUGUAUGGGACUAGUCCAUGACAUCUAGAGGACACCAGAUUGCGUAAGUCUAACCUACAUUUUGUCUCCUUUGUUUACUGUACUGUGAUACGCAUCCUCAUUACUUGUUUCUUUUAUUCACAGUGGGUUAAAUUUUAUUGACCUGAUGGUUCGGCAGGGGAACAUUGACAAUCCACCCAAAACUCCACUUGUGCCUGGAUUUGAAUGCUCUGGGAUCGUAGAAGCUCUGGGUGAUAAUGUGAAAGGCUAUGAGGUAAUCUCAUAUGUAUAUCUGAUUGGGGCGUUGGCAAUGUAUUUAUUAGAUAUGAUCACAUAUUAGUUGUGGUGGGUAGCUUAAGGAAAACUUCAAUUUGGUAUGCCACAGAAGUGAAAAAUUCACAUUCAACGAUAGGAAUUGUUGAUAAAGACGUUGAAAAUCAAAAUGACCCAUAUGAUGAUAUCAUCAUUAUUUUUGACGUUCAGGUGUGACUGCCCAGCUAAUGUAGCCAAAAUGGCACCACCUACAGACAAGAGGGAGGUAUGAUUACACUUGGAGGUGUGCAAAAUCAUUGAGGUAGAUAAAAAAUAUCCAGAUGAGGACUAAGUGUGCUCGGUGGCUACAGAAUGCUGAUUUGUGGCAGUGGUAGACAAACUGGGGGUGGGGGGGAUGGAAUAAAGUUUCCUGAAGGAAGGGGACUGAACAAGAACAGUCCACACUGCAAACUUUUGUUAUAGGCCUCACUUAUUCUAUUUCUGAUGUUCAGGGUGUGAGGGUCAUUGCUUCUGUAGCUGAUACAGCAAAAAUGGCAGCACCAUUGCCUCCCAUUCUGCACAUGCUCUCAAGUGCACUAAUUUGUAUCCCGUCAGCUCAGUGCCCUGUGUGGGGAACUGCCUGCACCACCUAAAUCUGGCACCGCAUGCCCUGAAGUUCUGAAGGGGACUUCUUUCAUGAUCGGGUUCCUGAUCACAGGCAAAAUACCUGACCCAGUAACCAAUCACAGGCAAAGUUUUUAGUUGGGUUCCCUAUCACUUGUAGGGUUCCUGAUCAUGGAGAGGUUUCUGGGUGUGUGUGUCAAUGGAGUUAACAAGCCAUCAGAUUUUUGUGCUUAACACAUGAAGUUCAGUAGUGAAGAGGGAAGGGAAUCAGACAGGUAGGGACAUCAUGGGCAAGGCCUGUAGGUUUGCUUCUGACCCCCCCCCCCCACUUUUUGUCCUCAAAUUCAAGCUGAACUCUUGAGGCGGGGUUUCAGUAGCUUCUAGGGUCCUCUAAAACAGCAUGUUCCUCUUGAAAAAUAUUUGAGCACCAAUGUGAAGAUUAUCUAUAGCAAAACAUGCAGAGAACAUUACCAAAUAAAUUACCUUUAUUCUUAUGGACUUCAACAUAACAUGCUGAACAUGAUAUAUAGAAUAACAAUUUCCCUUUUUAAAAAAAGGAUUUCUACUGUAUCAUAUUUGAAAUUAGUCCCUCUCCACCACCAACCUUUUCUUCUGGUGUAAUAUCUCUUUGUUUGUAAUUGAAUUUGAGCCAGAAGAGUAAUAUGAAUUGCUUUCCUAUUUUAGAAUCUGUCAAAAGGAAAUGAUAAAGUUGGUUGUAGGUAUGAGAAGGCAAUGAUAUAAAGUUUGCAGUAAAAAUACAAUCUAUACUAAAAAAAACACACACACAUACACUUGUGAUAAUUUCAAGAUAAUUCCAGCAAAGUCCAAAAAUGUCACUAAGAACUUGAAAAUAUGCACUGAUAUAACACUAGCAGUGAUCAGAGAAGAUGAAAAAACCUGUUCAUUGAGGUCAGUAGGAUAAUUUGCUGCUCUCCUCUAUUGCAACUUUUCUAAGCUUUAGGGAUUGGCGGGAUUUUGAGAUAAUUCAUUAUCUACAAAGGAGCUGUGCAGUUCCAAUUUGCCUGUCCUUUUUUUUAAAAGGCAAGUUAUAAGAAACCUCCCUGACCUGACUGAAUAAGAGCUAUAGAGAAACAUAAUGAAGGCAUGCAGUUAAAUCUUCCAACAUGUAUAUUUUUGCUUUAAAUUAGUUGCAGCGGGUUCUAUAUUGAUUGAAAUAGCAGUGUUGGAGGCUGUUGUUUAACACUGUCCAAGGAGUCACCAACAUUUUAGGCUCUGGGCACAUCUGCAAACCAAAUAAAAUUUUAUGGGCAUAGCAAGCACACACUUCAACAUAGUCUGUUAACUAUGGUAGAUAUUUAUUUCAAGAUGUUUAUGGUAGAUGUUUAUUUCUAUUUUUAGUGGGAAAUGGGUAGGCACUAUGGGAAAUCCACAGAGGGAAAGUCUUUAUGGGCACAAAUUGAUAUUUGAGGCAAGAAUUAAAAGCCCUUGAAUCAUAUUUCUUAUCCCAGACUACUGUUUUGGCAACAUGUGUGUCAUUUGAUCCUUAUAUGCUAGACAUACACUCAAUGGCUGGUAGGUAAAUGUGUGAACUGUUCCCCACUGGGAACAAUUGUGCCUGCCUGCAAUGACAUAAAAAGUUCCCUGUUGAGCUUUCCAUUCCUCUGUAGCCAUGUUGCCAGGGACAUCCUGAAAGCUGUAACCCGAAUGUGUGUUUCCCCCCAAAAUGUCUACAGAUUGGAGACAGAGUCAUGGCCUUUGUCAACUACAAUGGCUGGGCAGAAGUUGUGUGCACACCUCUUGAAUUUGUGUACAAAAUCCCUGAUGAUAUGAGCUUUUCUGAAGCUGCUGCUUUUCCUAUGAACUUUGUAACUGCAUACAUGAUGCUCUUUGAAGUCGCCAACUUGAGAGAAGGCAUGUCGGUGCUGGUUCACUCUGCAGGCGGCGGUGUGGUAAGUUGGCUUAACUUUUGUCCUAAAAGGAAUUAUAACUUUCAACCUGUGUGUCAAAUUUCAGUGGGUUUGUUUGUUUUUUGUUUUUUGCCUUGCUGGAGUGUUUCCUUAAACUCUGACGAUUCACUCCCCAGAAGGAGAGAGAUCAAACUGGAUGGUUCUUGAGUCAGGAUCCCCUCAACUCAAUCUCAACUCAACAGCCAGGGGUUGGAGGCUUGCCUCUUCUGUAUCUGACAACCACUGCCCUCACCCCAUCACUAAAAGAAAUAACCAACCUGAAAGAUUUGGAAGGUAUUUGGAAAAGAAGAUUGCAAGCUCUGGGGGCCCAUCAUCACUGUCUGCCAAAAUCCUGACCAUGCAGGCUACAACUGGCCCUAACAAGGAUAAAAAUCAUUUUAGCACAAAAUCUCUUUAGCCCCAAAUAAUUGUGUUUAAGAUGAAUGACCCAUUGCAGUAAAGGACUGGAAUUUAUAAUCUUAUUACAGCUCAGUACAGUACAGAGGAGCUCUGUUUUAUUCUUGUUGAAUUUUUUUUAAAAAAAAAAAAAUCCCAAGUGUGGGAUUUGAAAAUAACACAGAGCUUUAAAAAAAUAAUGUUGGGCUUAGGGACACCACAGGGCAAUUGUGGUCCGUGUUAGUGUGUUCUUUAACUUAAAUAGACAGUGCCUUACAGGUCAAAAGAAGGGCAGAUCCUUGCCCCAAUGAAAUUGCAAACCAUGAGGCACAUGUCCAAAAGAGGGGAAGAGAAAGAGCCUUUGGAAUACACUGCACAUUUCUAAUUACACUUUUUUAAAAGAAAAGAAGCAAAUAAAGGAAAAGAAAGGUAUCAUGAGACUGGAAAAGGUGCAAAACAGGGUGACAAAAGGUUGCCCAGAAUGGGAUGUCGCCCUUGGGCUGAGAAAGAUCCCUCCUACCCUUGUGAAAUCCUCUCUCUUCCCACAGUGCAUAGAGGAUCCAAGUCUUUCUCCCUACCCCACCACAUCCCGCACCACUUGUUAUUUAGUUUUUUUUAUUAAAAAAAAAAACAGCUACUCAAUGCCAAACUGCAUAACAAGCAUCACAUCUAGUCUGACCCUGACUGACAGUAAUUCAAAUGCAAGUAUCCCUUCAGUGUGUAAUUAACUUAAGGAGUUCACUGUCACAAGCUGUAGUGAUGGCCACGACCUGAUAUUUAGGGAAGCCACUUAAUAUAUCACGAAAGGGUAGGAAAUGAAUAACAAAAAAGGAGGGCAGAAGAGGAUUUGGAUUUCCAUAACAUUUUCAUAUGCUAAUUUAUGCAAAUAGAUGCAAAUGUAGAAAUAAUUACUAUAUUUUAUUAUUAUUAUUUGCAUUUUUAAAAUGUGUCAAAGUAGCUUACAGAAUAUUAAUAUUUGUAUCCACUUAUCAAACAUUUAAAAUCAACAACAGAUAAUAUAACGCAGGAAUAAUAAAAGUGUUCAUCCGUCAAAAGAAUAAAAAGGGACAAAUCCUACCCCAUUAAAAGUUGAACAUCAGACCAGGCCUGGCUUAUUCCACAUUAUUGUUAAAUUGAGAUCCAAAAGCCUGGGUAAACAGGAACUGUGGUGGGCCACUUCAAGGCCCCUACUCUCCAGUCUUGAGAGUUAUUUAUCUUUAAAUGGAACUUGGACCAGAAAACCAUUCAGACAGGAUUGCCUUCUGUACAGUAGGACACAUUGCCAACAUACACUAGGUGGUUCAUCAUUCUCAUCCAGAGAGCUGCUCUUAGAUUCCUAUGUUCUUAAUUGUGCACCAGGACGGGUUAAAACCUAGUUUUACAAAACCUUCCUACUCUUAAAUUCACUCCACCUCCCUCCCGAAUCCGAACAGUAAAGAAAUUAUCUAGGGGUGUUGGCAUCCAGCUAAGCAUUAGAGAGAAUGAACUGCCAAAGUCACAAGAACAUUAAGCCAGAGGCUCCCACACUAAGUCUCCACAUAUUAAUCCACUGCAACAACUUUAGCUGCACAUAAAGUUCAUUAUGAAUAAUGCAGGGAAACAGGCCUUGGAAAUGGCUUCUGAUUAGACAUUGCUGGACUUCUCCCGAUAAUAAAUUCAAGGGCCUUGAAUGUACCCACUUUGUUCCCAAAUGUCAUGGGCAUACUGAAAUGUCCAGAAAAAUCAAUGGGGGCCCUGUGGCAUCAGAGCAUCUGUGCUUGUUUUGUUCACGUCAGUGCAAAAUUCAGUUUCCCUGCUUAAUGCAUUUUAAGCAUCUAAGGGCACGUUUGCUUUCUGAAAAAUCUGAUCUGUUGGAAGCUACAGCCAAGGCCUCUUCUGAGUUUUGUGAAGACCUGAGCAAACGUGAAUCAGUAGAGCCCACAAUUGUGGCAUCCUCCCUGCUUUGUAGUGCAAUAAAAAGACAGAAAGUAUAUUUCUUAACCCAGAAGUGUUUUUUUUUAUAUAUAAGAUAUUUAUUGAAAUUUUCAAAGUAUUACAAAAUAAAACAAAAGCAGUAGAAAGUACAAAAUAAAAAUAGUUAACAAAGUAGAAAAAAAAACAAACCCCUUCCAACCAUAUGAAUACAAAUUCAAAAAUAAGAAAAAGUGACCAAAAAAAUAAAAAUACAAAAAUACAUCACAAACAAUUAAAAACAUUUAAAAACAAAUUCAUUAUUCUCAAAUCCUCAACUGUCAUUACCUUCUUUCUUUGACCUCCUCCUCCUCCUCCUCCUCCUCCUCUUAAUCUUAUCUUACUAUAAUAAAAUAAACCUUAAAGCUUAAAACUUAAAUCCUAUCCUUACCAAUUUCUCAUAACCAUAAUAUUCUUUCAUAAUUCUUUAAACAUCUUUACUAAAGCCAAGUAAUUUCAUUCCAACAUUUUUCUGACAUUCAUCAAUUUUAUAAAACAGUUCUAAUGGUAGAAAAAAGAGAGAUACAAACAGAUCCAAUCUUCAUCCAACGUCCUUUCCUCCUGGUUCCGGGUUUUGUCAGUCCUUAUUAUCCCGUCGAUCUAGCCCAUUAACCUGGCAGCCUUAUAUCCGAGGCCCUCAAGUCUCUUCCAUGUCCCUUCCGCAGCUCUUCUUCAUAUUUAUAACUGUAUUUUCCCUUGUCUCCUGCUCGUGGUAACUCCAGCUUGACAAUAUUUUUAACCCUUCUCGACAGAUCAGCCCCUUUUCCAUAUUCAACACUGAAUUCCAUAUGGUAUUUAAAAGCAUGUUUCAAAGACCCUCCAAAAUUAAAAUUAAGAGCCCCCACAAUCCCAAACAUCUCACGGCCCAUUGCCAGAUUUGAAAAGUCCAAACAUCCCAGCAUAGGGGGGUCAAUCCAGCCCCCCAUUUCCAAGCCAGACCAGACUUUUUCUUUCCAAAUCUGGCUUUUUCCAAGUUCAUUUGUCAAAUCCACAAACUCAUAUUCCUGUUGGGCCUGUUCUGUCAGGACACACUCCUGAUUUAAUUCCUGAGUGGGCUCCACAUAUUUUCCCACUGUCUGUUCAAAAUUUCCCACUGCCUGUUCAAAAUUUCUAGUCGAAGUCACCAUCCAAUUCACCUUCUCAUGUAACUGUUCCAGUAGGGCACUUGUUUCAUAGAAAGCACACAACAAAGCUUCUGAAUACAUUGUCCUGCAAAGUCAGAUGCCUGUUCCCACGAUUUUAAUCUGUAACAGCUGCUGGCUCCCUGGAGUUGGUUACAGUUUCGCAGUCUCCCUCUAGGGGGAAAACUUCUAUUUGUUCUUGCAACAAAGUUUCCCUUUUUGAGAUACUUUGUCCAUAUUUGUUGCUUAAAGAUGCGAAGGGAAGCAGUGGAAUCGCUAUGUUUCUCUUCUUUUAGCUAUCUGUCAAAAACGCUUGUCUCUGGUCAAUGAACUUCAAACGUCAGUCCUGACACCCCGCUCCAGGAUCAGGACGGAGGAAAGUUACUUUACUUUAAACUCACUUUAAACAGUCUGAAAAAGAUCCCCCUCCUUCUCCUGCUGUCGAAGGGGGGUUCCACAAUUUUAAAUGAUGAAAUCCAAUCCUUUAAAGGCGAUUUUCUAAGCUCUAGUUUACGUUGUCUUUGCUUUAUUCUGUCUACAAAAGAACGGAAGGCUGACUUCCUGUUUAGACCUUCCCGUUCCGUACCAAAUUAAAAUAGGUUUUUAAAAUCCAGUUCCUUUCUGCUCGCAAGUCCUUAUUUGAUGUCCAGUUGUUCCAAGUCUAAGUACUCACGGGUGCUUAUUUUAGAGUCCAAAUUGUCCCAGGAAAAAGGCAGCGCUCUCCGGCAACGGCUAUGCGGCUUCGCUCCACGGAAAUAGCAGUUGACUCACAGCACCGCGCCACUUCCCCCUCUUCACUUCGGAGCCCGCUAGUGGGUUCCUUAGCGAGUUGGAGGGGCGCUAAAGGUGCCCGCCGAGUCCCAUGGUCACAGGCUUCAUCCGCCUGUGAUUUUUGAAAGGGUCCCCGCUUCGCCGUAGCGGAGAAGACCCGUUUCACGCGGAGCUAGUCCCUCCAGUUCAGAGGGAGUCCGCCAUUGCCGAUGGCGCCACCCCGGAAGUCCCUUACCCCAGAAGUUUUUUGAUGUCCAGAAAACCAGUGUAGUGUAGUCAUUAAAAAUUGGACUUGGGGUAUCUCCUUCCUGUUCCUAAUGUCCCCUUCUGGGAACAGGAUUUGAGCACACCCACAGCUUUGAUUCCAAAUGUUGAAAAGGAAUGCUUGAAAGGCCCAAUUGAUUUUUGGGGUUGAGCAUACACCAGGCUACUCAUUCAUCUGUACCAAGGAGGGCAUUGAAAGGUCUGUGUGCUCUUUCCUUCUAAUUUAUUGCUAUGCCUGGCUCUCAGAGGAAGAGAUCAAUGUAAAUCACAAUAUGCCAUGCUGAUUAUACCACUUGGCCUUCAAGAGGCUUUCUUCUCUUCCAUUUGGGACCUUGAUUGGCACACCACUUAGGGGAGUUCUUAAGCAUAGCGGGAGCUGUUCCGAAACACUUGGUUAACCUCCUAUGCCAUCACCUGAGCUUACCCAUAUCACUGACUGUGUGGGAAGAACAUUGGUGCAAUGCUCCUUUGCCUCUGUGGCUGAAGCCUAAAGGGAAGAGAGGAAGACAGGCUUAAGGCCUCUCACCUACUCAAUUAACACACAAGGGUUCUGGCUAACUAUUCUAAUUCCCAACCUUCACCCAGUCAACUAAAGUUCUGAACAGAGCCUGUGCAUACACAACUGUGGCUUCAUCUGUACCAUGCAUUUAAAGCAGUAUGAUACCACAUCCUCCUCCCCCCAAAAAAAGAAUCCUGGAAACUGUAGUUUGUAAAGGGUGCUGAGAUUUGUUAGGAGGCCCCUGGAAAUUGUAGCCCUGUGUGGACAGGGCUACAAUUCCCAGAGUUCCCUGGGAAGAGAGAUGGAUUGUAAAUUUCACUAUGGAUGCAAAUAGCAAACCAAUGGAGGAGGGGACCAUGUAAGAAUGGAAGGAGUUAAAUACCCCUUCCCCACCCACUGCGGUCCUGUUGUUGCUCAGACCCCCCCCAAUAGCUGAGAUGUACACUAAUUGUGUUCAUGCCAUUAAUGUAAUGUCUAGUUGUGCCCUAAAUCAGUUUCAGUCCAAGAACUGGGUUUAACAGAGUGACUAUUGACAUUUUCCCCCAUUCAAAUAUUAUUUCCCUCAGGAACUAAAAUCAAAAAGAGAUUCAUGCAGAAGCAUUGAUUGCUACCCUAUAGCAGCAACUUGAUCUCCAGUUUCAAGUUUGACUCAAAACAGUUUGAGGUGACUACAAAGGGAAUGUCAUAUGUUUGAACUACAAAACUUAGCUGGGUCAGAGUGCAGCUUUGCUUCCCUUUUUGUAAGAAACAUCAACUAAUGCUGUUGCCUUCCUGCACAUAUUGAAUAUCCAUUGUCAGUGCAAACUUGCUGAACCUAGAAAUCCAAUGCAUCAUACUUAAAGCCCAUAUGUGUACAUUUUAGUCUGCAUUUUCAAAGCACCGGAUGAAGGUUUUCCUUUUUAAAAAAUACAAUUAGGUCUUCAAUCAGGGUGCUAUACUAAUAUCACUUUAAAAUCAUUCUAAUUUUGACUGUCACAUGGCUGUUGUCUGGAAGAAGACUCACUUUACACCUUUAAAAACAGAAUCUGAGCUAGGUUCCUCCUGGCCUGCAAACCUGUAACAGGCAGGAUAUUCAUUCAAACAUACAACCCUCCCACCUCACUUGAAGUGGUACAGUCUAGCAAUAGAUACAUGAUCAAGUGUUUUGUCUCUAAGAUAUUGGAGAAGGCCAAAGGGGUGGACACAAGUAAAAGUGUUUGGGGAUCCUGGACAGGGAGAAGUGCAGUAUAGAAAGAACACCUGAAUCUGUGCACAGCUGCCCCAGGUGGUGAGUUCCUGAACUACAGGUGGUAGCUUCUCACUCAUCAUUAUAUUCAUUUGAUUUAUUACAGUGAUUCCCAAACUGAAUUUCUCAUGGACCAUGUGAAAUUUACUGAGAGUUUUGAUGGAUCACUAAAUAAAAAACAAAAAAACCCUGCCUAUUUUAGCAACUGUAAUGUAGUGUGCUAGAUGCUGUGUGACUUUAAAUGUAUUUCAUUGCUUCUUUUAUUUGUUAUAUUGCAUUUUAUUAUAUUACAUCUUGAAUUUAUAGAUUUUAAGUGUUCCUCACAGACAUGCCACAUAUCUCCUGAAUGAAACUCAGAAACUGCUGGUGGUCUGUGGCACAUAGUUGGGGAACCUGUUAUUUAUUGAAAGUAUUACUUUCCUAUCUCUAAGUUAAAGAUUUUUCAAUGUUGCUAACAACAUUUUAGAGAAACAACACAGCAAUAUAUAUAUAUUUUCAAAAAAGCAAGAUUUUAAACAGAAGAGACUCGAUCAGUAACACCAAUAAUAUCAGCUUCCAUUAAAUGCUAGAGAAUUCCAAAAUGAAAGUUGAUGAAACUGGAUCCUGAAUUUUAAACACCCAUGCAUUCUUCUCUGGAUGCUCUUCACAUAUCAGGAUUCAGAAUAGCUGAGUCCAUCUAUAGCUGCCCGUUGUGGUGAAACACUGAACUGCUGGCAGCUUUUGAAUGAAGUACCUUCAGAAGCUGGACUAACUCCACCAACUCAGGCUGGCUGUUGGAACCUCCUGGCUGUCCACUUGAGCCUUUCUUGAGCAACAAGGUCUUCCUGGUCUAGAAAAGGAACCCAAUUCCCCCAUUGCUUGGUCUCAUUGCAACUUGCAGGAGGGGACAUAUGACUUCUUCAGCAACUGAGAGGGUCUAAACCAAGGGGUCCAAAUAAAUAAAAGAUAGAUAAAAGACUCCAUUUGUCAGAAUAGCUAAUGCAGUGGUGCAUUUGCAGGGACAAGCCGUUGCUCAGCUCUGCUCAACAGUCCCCGACGUUACCGUGUUUGGAACAGCUUCUUCCUUCAAGCAUGAGGCAAUCAAAGAUUCUGUAACCCACCUGUUUGACCGAAAUGCAGAUUAUGUCCAAGAAGUUAAAAAGUAAGAGGAUUUGCUUUAUUUUACUUGUUGAGAAUAACUAUAAGAGCUAGCAAAGUGUUAUUUAUACUCAAAGUAGACCUGCUGAAAUUGAUGGGCAUAACUAACUUGGUCUGUUAAUUUCAAUGGGUGUACUCUGAGUAUUUAUUUAUUAUCUAGUUUAUAUCCUGCUCUUCCUUCCAGCUAGAGUAGAGCUUAGUUGGAUACAACCUAAAAUGUGAGCUAUGUUCAAUAUAUGAUUUCUGUUGUCCUAUUUUGUAGGCUUUCAUCAUAAUUAUAGGUGGGUGGGUUUAUAAUCCUUCAUUGAGAAUUAUGGGAUGGCUGCCUAAUUGUGGAAGGCUGUCCCCAGAGAACCACACCUGGCACCAUUGCCACCUGUUUUUAGGCACCAGACACACACAUUCUAAUUUACGCAGACUUAUGACUUUUUAACAGGGAGGCUAGUUGAUGUCUCUUUGUUCAGCUCAUCCUUUAACUGAUGUGGGGAGGACUUGUUCCUUUUAACUAUACUGUCAGAUGAGUAUUUUAGUUUUUGUUUAUUAUUUUCAUCUGCUUUUAAUGUUUUUGUUGUUUUAUUUUUACCAUGUAAGUUGUUUUGAGGCACCUGAGUGCAAAACUACAACUAAUAAACACCAUAAAUAUAGAUCACAGCAGCAAAUCCCAUCAGUUUUUCCAGCUGCUGUGGUUAUCACAGAAUGACCGCUUAACUAUCUUUGUGCUCCAGCAGCUUUGCAUGCUAUGAGCAUGAUCCACUUACACCAUGGAUUAGGAAGGAUGCCAAGAUUUCUCAGUAGAGCCCUGCUUUCCCCCUUUCCCCACUUACACAUAUGCCUUGGCACUCAAGCAGGCUGCACAAGAGACUAGAGAAGAUCUGUGUGCUUGUCCAUUCCCCAUGUAACCUUCAUUGCCCAUGCCUUGCAAGUGACUCAUGUUCUAGGAACUUCCAUGAGGUAGCAAGGAAGGUCUGAGAUUUUACCCUUAUAUUCUUAGAUAAGCAUCAGGACUGCUCUUAAGGACGACAAAGAUAUUGCAUGAACUGGCUCUAAAGAGGAUGAUGUCUACAUUAAAAGUUUUUUUUAGUUUCUGAAAGGAGAGGCUAAUCAUUGUGCUUUUACAAGAGGAAGUUCAUCAAAAGAUAUUAUUAGCUUACACUCCUUUUUUAUUGCUCGGGGCAAAGGAUUAUAUCUUUCAAUAAGAUUAUUUCAACUUACUAAGAUGAAAAGAGGUGGAAAAUCCAAUUGACACCUGUUAAAAUGCAAACCAGUACCUCAAUUGAGCUAAGUGGGCAGGGGCUCAAGUUUCUCCCUAGGGCAUUCUUGAACUAAACCAGAAUGAUGAGUUGUUAUUACUGUGAAUGGCAAAAGACACAGAGGUGGAUGAGGUUCAACCUAUUUUCUCACUGGGAGGGGCGGGGGACACACAACCACAAGUACUUCAUUCAGGGCCCUCCUGGCCAGAGGACACAGCCUUGCCACUAUCCUCUGACCCUGGAGAUGAGUCCCCAGAGUACCUCUAUCUCCUCAGCCUCAAAGAAGUCAAAAUAAUGUGAGGGCCCUGUAGCCAGCCAGCCAACUCCUCUGUAGAGGCACAGCCAACCAUACUUGAGGGCUGGUCAACUUAUUUUACCUGUCCUUAUUUUAUUUGUAAGCUGCCUUGAGUCUCUGAUGGGGAGAAAGGUGGGGUAUAAAAAAAUAUAACAAGAACAACAACUUAUUUAAGGCUUCAGUUGGCUGUUGCACGAUGUGGAGACAACAGCUCCUAUGGGUGCCUUAGCAGGCCUUUUUUGGAACUGUCCAAGGUCCUGUUCCUUUCUGCUUUCUGACUUGAAUUGACUGUAAUCAGACACUGCCUGCUUAUCCAACAAGCCUUAUGCUCCCAUGGAACUGAGCAAUCAGCUUGCUUUAUGUGGUGCUGAAAUGUCACAUGAUGUAUAAUAGCAAAGGGCUUCAUGAUGUCAUUGCACAACCACAGGAACAUAUUGCAGGUUGCAGUCAUCCGACUUCUAGUUGAGGCCUCUCUAGUAUUUCAUGUUUUCCUAAAUCACACAUCUAGUGGCAGGUGCUCUUCUUGUUUCCGAAAAAAAAAAGAAAAAAAAUCUUUCAGGCCACAAAGUUUAGGCUGUGCUAUGACUAUAGGUGCUAUUAUCUAAUUUCAGACAGUAUCAUUGCUAUAAAAUAAAUGCCUUUUGUGUGGAUUAAAAAAUAUUUGGUGCACCUUAUGCCUUUCAGUCUCUCUAGGGUGCAAUUAUCCAUUUUAGCUCCACCAAUCAUUUCCAUAACUGUUUAAUUAAAAUUAGCUCUCUCUCUCUCUCUCUCUUUUUUUACAACUGCUAUGAUCAGUGACGCAAAUAUAGUUUAUAAUUGCAGAGUGCAGUCAAAACUGGCCUAUUGCCAGGAUUUCACAGGUUUGGUUAGGAUGAAGAAUUAUUAAACAAAAAAACAAAACAAAACAAAAAACCAGAAAUUGCCAUUUAAGCGAGAAAGGGAAUACAGUUUGAAUCCUGGCUUUUUAUCCUUUAAGGCAGAUCUGGGAAAACUUAUUCAGCCUAAUGGUCACUUUCCUUUCUGAAUAAUCUUCUGGGGACCUUAUGUCUGUGGCAGGCCAAACCAAAAUGGAAAGUGGGUGGAGCAAUAAAUGUUAAUGCUGCCUCCAACACACACACACACACACACACACACACACACAAAUAGACCAGUUCUGGGGCCACAAAAUUCUUUUGGCAUCGUGUCACCUUAGACAAAGUAUUAUUAUUUUUAAGUGAAAUGUGUGGGUUUUUUAAAAAAUGACAGGGGCACAAAAAACCUAUUGUAUGCUGUAUGUGACUCAUGGGCUGCAUGCUGGCCAACCCUGCUCUAACCACUACACCACACUGGCUUGCCUCACUCAAAAAAAAGGGGGGACAUGAUUAUGCAAAGCAAAUGUCUGUGUUCGGUGGAGUCCUUACAAUCAGUUGUAAUUACAGUUACUUCUUAACUUAAAAUGCUCACAAUCCCUGCUUUUGUUGUCUUUAUGCACUCCUAUAAACUGAGCUGUAAUUUAUCUUUAUUUCUGUGGUGAUGGCCUCUGCUCCCAUCCUGUCUUGUAAAAUUGCAGUAGCAAUAAAUAAUGACAUUUUAUAUCUCCUUUCUUCCUCUGUAGUCUGCUGCAGAGGUUAACAACCUGUAGUUUUAACUUCCCUGGUUUGUUUCACUUAAUUAUCUGGUUAUAGUCCCAUCAUCUAAAUUGGCCCAAUAUAUACAGAGUCCAUACCAAGUAGGUAUAGGAUUGCAACCUAAGUUACAAGGUGUCUAAGGAGGCUCAAGAAAUCUUAAUUGUAUGGUUAAUACUAGGAAUGAGAAGACUAAUCCAGUCUAGUUCCAUUCCAUUCCCUUUCCUGAUCCAUUCUGUACCAUUUGCACAUAACUGUGCAGAACUUUAAAAAUAACAACCCAUAGAAACCCCUGAUUUUGCCCCCUGUUAUCAUGCGAGUGUCAUCUGAGCCACAGAUUGCAGACUUUCUCAGAAGGCAUGAGUAUAAGUCUAACAAAUGCGGCAGAUGCAUUGAAAUAAGACAGGAAUGUUCACACUGGCAAGUGCUUUAUCUAUGGACCUUGGCACAUUUAUGCACCUGUCUCUUAGGAGUAGGCUGUGGUGGUGAGUACUUGAACCAUUUAUUCCUUCUUGUGGUUCAUGAGUCCAUUUAUGUCAUACUCAGGGUGGACCCACUGAAAUCAAUCAGCAUGACGAACUUACAUUCUCAUUGGGUCUGCUCUGAAUAUGACUUAGCUGUAUGCAGCCCCAUUUUUAAAAAAUGUGUAUGGAUUUCAGUUCCUCAGAAAAUCUUCUGAGGUCUAUGGAAUCGAAGGCAGCAAGCCGCAUUGUCUUAAUUUGUGUCUGUUGCUUUUUAGAAUCUCUGCUGAUGGCGUAGACAUUGUCCUGGACUGCCUUUGUGGAGAAAAUACAGGCAAAGGCCUCAGUCUUCUCAAACCACUCGGGACUUACAUUUUAUAUGGUGAGUGAAAGUCAGCUGGCAAAUAGAACCCCACCCGCUCUGCCAAUUGCCACUCUAUGGUAGCCAACUCAGGUUGUCAUUGGUAUCAAUCUAUGGUGUCUCAUAUGGUGGAAAUGGAUGACAUCAACUCAGAACUGCUCUAUGAUGCAGUAUGCAUGAACAAUCAUUGCGGCCUCAAUGGACAAAUACAAUUAUUAUUAUUAUUAUUAUUAUUAAUUACAAUAUAACCCACCUUUCCUCCAAAGAAUUCGUGGUGGCAUACAUGGUUCUCUGUCCCAUUUUAUCCUCACAACAAAAAGCAGCACAGCUACUGUUCUGGGCAGCAAGUGAAAGUAAUCCCUUUCUGGCAUUACUAUACAGAGGGAGACAUACGCAGACACAUACACACAUGGAAGAAGCAGGCAGCUUCAGGACAUAUGUGACUGGGGCUGCAUGUCUACCUGUGCUUAAUGCAGGGAUAGGCCUCUGAACAUUAUGGACCAUAGGUGCCAUCAGCCCCAGUCAGCAUGACUAACAUAAAAGUGCUAAUUCAUUUGAAUUGCCUCUGAGUCUGCUUUCAUACUAAUCCUUGAAGUUUGAACCUUGAAUGAACAUAAGAGAAAUUUACACCAGCUCUAGGCAAUGCAAUGGGCAUCUAGUUUACAGGCAUCCUUUACCUGUUCAUACAUUGAAGGUAUCCAGGGGGCAAAGGGGCAGUUGCACACAGGCACACCAUUAACCAUUAUCCUCAGAUCAGUAGCUUUCAUUUGGGGUGGGGAGUGGGGUGGAGAGAAUAGGCUUCUAGUAUUUGAAGAACCUGAAAUAUAGGGCAAAAUGUAGGUUCACUAUUCUUACUUUUUUUUAAUAAGAAACUCACCUGCUCCCUGAUUCAGUGCUUUGCUUGCAUUUCACCAAGCUGUAAGAUUGUUGAGUCUUAAAUAUGUGAGCAGUAUCUACUUCCUGCUACAAUUCAGGAUCCAGCUCAAGUACCUCUUCUGGCAGCAUCCCCUACUUUAGCUCCCCGUGGUCUGUUCCAGAUUCUGGAUUGGGAGACACUGAUCUCAAGUCUUGAUUUGAAUCACUGCAUGAUUGACCCUGACAGCUGAGUCAUGGAGGGGGAUGCGGAGCAGAGAGAUGAGGCAGGAUAUAAAGCAAGCCUAGCUUGGAAGAGAGGAAGAAACAACCCUGUCAAUGAUAUCAAAAGGUUUAGCAGAAACCCCUCUCCCCAUAUUAUCUCCCAAGGAUUUCACUUCCCCUGCCUCACAAAGUAUCCUUUUGGCAGCACAGAGAAAGCACCCUUCCCUGCCAAGAGAGGACCAAGGAAUCUGGGCUGUGAGCCCAAUUUCUCCUUGUUCACAAAGGAUGCUCUUGGUAGAAAAACAGAAGGACCCCCUCCCCCCAAUCUCUGAAAGAAUUCUUCAGAAGAGAAUUUGGCUCUGUGGGUGUAUGCCAGAGAGUGCACCAUACUUAAGAGUUCAGUUCUCAUCUACAUUUGACAAUGACAACUCCCCCACCCACCCACUUUGCUGUUACUGGGCAUUCAGUCAUCUGGCAGUUCCUGGGACUGGUGGGAGUGAAAGGCCCAUGAUGAGGUUGGCAUAGUGUCUGUGGGCAGGCUCUGUGAGUGCCAGGAUGUUCUCCCCAGAAUCAUCAGGCCUAUCAGGCAUGCUGGCUCACUUACCAUCUUCCAAAACAAUUACACACUCUCUCUCUCUCUCCCCACAAAAGCAAAUGACAAGAAAACACUCAAAACAUAGCAGGCAGCAUCCGUAGUUAUUACAAAUCAGUCUUUGAUCAUCAGUUCAUACUGCUAGAUUCUCCUAGUUUUCCAUAAUUAUGGAUGCAUACAAAAUAACUCGUUCAUCUGGGAUCUUGACAAUAUGUUUACACCAAUAAAGCAGAUGUUCUGCACCAGCUUUUCCCCAACUUGGUGUCCGCAAAAUGGUCUGGAUCAAUAGUAGCAACAGGUGGUGUGUUCAAUCCAGAAAAUCCUCAUCCAUGGGGAAUAAUACAAUCCCCAAACAUCUGGAGGACACCAGGUUGGAAAAGCCUGCUCUCUGCACACACAUUUCAGUUAAAAUAUUUCUCAACUGCCCUUCCUCAAAAAUAUUACAAGUCAGUGUGCAAACGUAUACACUGCCAAGCCCAGGCUGGUUCAUCUCUGUUUCCCUUCACUGUCAAGGACAUAGAAGAGACUGAAAGAGAGACUUUAGUUUUAUUUACAGUUUAUAUGCCAACUAUUACUGUUCUCAGGGUGUCUUAUGCACCUGGUAGAAAUUGUUGUAUCGGUUUUAGUUUUUUGAGUCUGUAACAUUUUGCUUUUCAUCUUAUUUUUAUCCCUUUUGGCUGUGAACACUAUUAUCAUUUUUUAAAAAAACAACAACAAACAAACCAUGUAAACAGUUGUAAAAAAACAGCAAGUGAAGAUAAAUCUUUUCAAAUACAAAAUUCCAUUUUUAAUUCAAAGGAAAGUGAAAUGUGUUUCAGCUAUCAGAAAUUGGGAAGAACUAUGCUGAAAAACAAGUAUGUAAGGCAUUGUACUGUACUGGGGGGGGAGUAUGUAAGACAUAAACACAAGAUCAUACAAGGCAGCUUUCCUCAACCUGAUGUUCCCCAGAUGCUGCUGGACUACAACUCCCAUAAUCCCUUAUUAUUUGCCCUGCUGGCUGGGGUUGAUGCAAGUUGUAGCCCCAAAGAUCUGGUGGGUACCAGCUUGGUGAAAGCUGGACUCUACCAGAUGCCUCACUGCAUAUUUGAAUGGACACAAAUUUUCAGAGGUUUGCAUGUGUUCUGAAACUGUGGACAGGAUGUGCUAUUCUUUCUCAGUACUACUUUCAUAAAAUCUUUACAGAGAACUGGAAUGUUAUUUUAAGAUUUUGAUUCGGAUCUCCAAAUUCUUAGGCCUGGUCCUCAAGGCACACAAUGAGCAAUAUUUUAAUUUAAAAUGUAAUUAUCUUUCUCCCACCCCUACCCUGGCCCUUAUUUUUCUAGGCUCAUCAAACAUGGUUACCGGGGAAACCAAAAGUUUCUUCAGCUUUGCAAAAUCAGUAAGUAUAAUAACUUUGUGGCUUGGCUAGAUGGUACUCAUUUAUAUGUCACUAAAUCAUUGGCUCAGAAAAGAACUCUGAGCUCCUCUAGGGCUGGAUCUAGACACAUCAAAGAAGUGUUUCAGUUUAAAGCGUUGUAAAUUUAAACAGGGAAAACAGGUAGAGGAAAACGGGACUCCACAUCGCCAUCUGGUGGCACAAUGUUAUAUCGCACAUACAACACGGAUAAAUAGCUUUUUCUUUACCAGUCUAGCUGAGUCCUAGUUCAGCCCCACCACCACUAGUGCACCAAGCAUUCUUUGUUUUGACAGAAUAGCUAAGCUUUGCAGACUCAAAACCAGUGCACACGGGAGAAUAAUCCCGAUUUCUUAAAAUUAAAUAUUGCCAUUUCUGGUGGUUGACAGUUUUAGUUCUACUCAGAGUUGACCCAUUGAGGCUAGUCAUGUCCAUUCAUUUCACUGGGUCUAUUCUGCCUAGAAUUAACAUUGGAUAAAACUUUAGCGCUUUAUACUUGCCUAAAUAACUUACAUGGGUCUGAUCUUGUUGCUAUUUGCUUGUCUCUCUAGUGGUGGCAAGUGGAGAAAGUGAACCCGAUCAAGCUAUAUGAAGAAAAUAAAGUCAUGGCUGGAUUUUCUCUCUUAAACCUGCUUUUCAAACAAGGCCGAAGUGGCCUGAUUCAAAAUGUAAUGGACAAACUCUUAAAACUGUACAACGAGAAGAAGAUCAAACCUCUCGUUGAUUCACUAUGGGCUCUGGAAGAGGUAGGAUAAUCACCUCUCUUUCAUCUUACUCUGAUGAUUAAUUUAAAAAAAAAAAUGCAUCCCUGAAUUAAUAUACUUAGGCUGCAAUCUUACCUGGUAUUAAGAUCAACUGAACACUGUGUGACUUACUUCUGAGGACACAUGCGUAAGAUUGCAUUGUUAAUUAUUUGCAGGAAAUAUGACAUUUGUGCAUAUAAUUUUGAUUCCUCCAAAUGAGCUAGUUUGAGAACUGGCGUUUUAUAUGUUUGCAUUUAUAAUAAAUAUAUGAAUCUUUGGCUGGAGAUGACUAGGCAGAAUAAUUCCAUUUUGUAGUUCCCUUUUCUGAUUCUGAACACUGAUUUCUGUGAAAAUGCCGCUGCUGAUAUGAGCUUUGACAGAUUCUUACUGAUUUUCAUUUUGUUCAGUAUAAUCACAGAGACUUCAUCUUGUUCAGUAUUGUUGCACAUGUUGGAUGUUUUCACUCUGCAUGUGCAUUGAUCUCAGUUGCACUGUGUAGGAAUUGGCCUCUACAGUCAGUCACUUAUGGGCUCAUUGUCCUGCAUUCCUAUGAAUGAAAGAGCUGAGGCUAACAAAGGAGGGAUUUAAGCAAAUUCAGUCACACAUACAGCGUUUUACUUGGGAGUGAGAACCAAGAUACCAGUCACAGGAAAUGUGAGUUUUGAGAGAGAGGUGAAGAAAGACAGCCAAGGCCAUAGCCAAAAGUGUCAAGAUGCAGGAGGCCUAAGGGGUUGGGGAAUUUUGGUUUUUUUAAGUAAUAAUUUCUGCAGCAAUCGCUGCAGGACAGGCAACACACAAAAUCCAGCUAGCCUGAUGUUCUUUACAAUUACCUAAUUGCAUCAAAUGCCAAUGAAAUAGCAUUUAAUUUUUUUCUUAUUCAUAGGCCAGAAAGGCAGGAACAAGUUACCAUUUAGUAAGCUAUCGGGCAGCAUUCUGCCUGCACAUUUUCCUUAUCUCUCUAUUAGUAAAUGAGCUAGUGCUGGGAUCUAUUGACCAUGUGGUGCUCUAGCUAAUUUCAGCCUCUUAAAGACUUCUAGAUGCAGCCUAGCUCCACCAACCCAGGCUAAGCAUUGGCACCUCCUGGGCAUAAAGGGGUAUAGGUAGGAUUGCCAUAUUCCCCAAAGUGAAAAUUCAGUCAAAGUUGUUGAGUGGCAAACAUCUCCCCCCAAAAAACUAUGUCUUUGGGGAGCAUUUUUCUAAUAAAAUAGCCCUAGUUGCCAUAUGUACGGAUUUUCCUGGACAUUUUUCCAAUUCAGCAAAAAUCUGCCCAGACGCCAUUUUGACAGUCCGAUUCCCAAAUAUAUGGCAGCCCUAGUAUAGGACUUUUUUCCAGCUCACUCUUGCUUGAGCAGCAAAGUCUAUGUUAGUUCUAAUGUGUCUUGCAUUUCUGGGCUUGCUUCUUAGUCCUCUGGUUGUCCUCCAGUCCUGCUUCCUGUUUUGCCUUCUGAUUCUGUUCACUCUUCAGUCCUGACUACUGGCUUGAACCUGCCGCUUGGUUCCCAUUGACUCUUGAUUGCCUUUGCAUGCUGGCUUCAAGUUCCUGACAGUAUCGAGCCUGUGGUUUUUGAGAGGCUCCCUGUGGCAUUCAAGGCACUGUGUAUCCUAGAUAAGAGUCUCCUGGUAUUGGGGUAGUGAAGGAAGCAUGCAUAAUGAAUAUAUAACACAGAUUCCUGUUAGUGUGACUUGCAAGCAGAUGCAAAGCAGAUUUCAGACUCUGCUAGAAUUCGCGGAUUGGAUUUGAAAGUAACAUAUAGGCCUGUAACCAGAUGUUGCAGUGAGUCAUCACACUGUUGUUCUUCAAGGUUCCAGCUAGCCUCAAACAGGAGCGUUGUAGUUCUGUUCAUUUUUAAGGGGGAGUGUAAGCAAAGAGACAUCUCUCUCAUUCUGCUCCCAUAAGGCCUUCCCUUGAUGCAAGAUCAUUUGGAUUUUAUUGUAUAGGUAAAUAGCAAGGUUGUGGAGAGUAGUGAAGGUAGAAGGCAUCUUUCCCCACUUUCCUUCCAGUUGGGACAUCACCGUAUGGUGCAGGAAAGAGAGUUUGUGGUUUUCUUCUUAACUCUAAUAGCCCAUCCAGGAUACUUUGUGUAAGCUGCUAGUUCUCACUGCACUGUUUUUGAUUCCCCUGCCUAGGUUUUCCCCCAUUUAAUUCUGUGUGUGUGUGUGUGUGUGUGUGCGCGCGCGCGUGUGUCUGCAAACUUGGAGGGUUCCCCAAGUCUGCUGCUACCUCCCUCUCGUGCAUGGAUGUUACAGUUUUGGCUACAUAAGGUUGGCACUGGGAAACUGAAUUCGCUUUUGGUGUAUAUGACACCUUCAAUUGCAGGUGGUACUCUGUGUUAAAAUGAGAAAUAGCAUGUGCUCAGCCCUCUGGUUUACAGUAUAAAAGUAAACUCGCUGUUAGGGAGAAAGGGAAAGGGAAAUGGGAGGCGAAUCAGUUGGGAAAAGCCACAGUGAAUACCAGUUACACUCAUUUUUGAGGUGGUAAACCUUAGAAUGGGAGAAUGAUCUAUUUGCACAGCAAAAAUGUCAACUCCUGGUAUGACAUUUACUUUAACCAUCAUGAUAAGAAUGAGAUACUGAAUUAAAGUACAGAAGACAUAGAUUCAGAUUUUUUUAUCAAUUUACACUUCCACAACCAUUACAUUCAAUAAGAAGAUAAAAUAAACAAAAAGAUAAAUCCUUUUGACAGUUUAAAAUCUCUGUAGUUACCAUCUGCAGAAGCUUUCCCUAUCCUUGAAGAUUAAGAAAUCAGUACAUAUUGAUAUUAUUUUGUUAUAGUUUUUAUGGUUGAUUUCUGUACAGUCUACACAGGACAAGCUACUGAAGACAGAUAUAGAUAUACAUAUAACGUGUGUAUUGAUCAAGUUCUUCCUUGGAAUAUUGAGUUUUUCUAGCCAAAAUUGGAAGCAUGUAAACAAAAAAAUGAAUUGAAUGCAAGAGCCAUAAAACAAAUCCAUCCCAAACCCUGGGAUCAUUAUAUUCUUGCUGAUGAUUCCAAGCUGUAACAUGCUUUACAAAUUCCCCACUAGAUCAUGAGCAGUGAGUAGGCUUGAUAAAUGAGCUAGGCUGCAAUCUCAAACAGAUUGUAUUUGCAUACUUCUCAGGCUAGUGUCAAAAUGACAGGAUAGAAAUCUACCAAAUGUUAAAUGAAUGUUGCCAAACAAAUGAGGAGGGACAGGGACGCUGCCAUAUAAGACUACCAACACAGCUUGUCUUAGCACUAUUUACAUAUUUAAAAGGAGAUUGUUGCCCUACCCUGAAUCCCCACUUGACAUCAUUGUUGCCACCAUUGAGCAAAUACUAUACCACUUUAGGCAGUCAUGGAUUUCCCCCAAAUAAUCCUGGGAAUUGUAGUUUGUUAAGAGUGCUGAAAGUUGUUAGGAGAUCCCUACAGAGCUGAAAUCCCCAGAAUUCCCUGGAAAGAGAGGUUGGUUGUUGAACAAAGAUGGUUAAAGUUGUAUAAUAGUGCUUUAAAUAUAUGGUGCAGAUGUGGACUAUGAAUGCACAUUCAGCGUCAUUUAAAAUAGGGAUUGGAAGAGUGGUUGAAACAGCAGUGGCAGAUAUGGUGCAAAAAGUGAGUGGUGAAUUUACAUCUAAAUCAAGCCGGAGGGAAAACAGACUAUGAAUGGAUUUCUUGUGAUCAAAUUAGUCAGAAGGUUUGCAAGCUAAGAGUGAUUUUAAACACUGCUAUCCACUAUGACAUUGGAUUCUUUCAUUAGAGUUGCCACUGAUACUUGAAAAUCGACAGCCUUGCAUCCAGAUCUAGGUUGCAGGGUUGGGGUUACUUCCUGAAAAACAUGAUAUGUGUUACAGGUGCCUUGAGUGGAAGGAGUUUCUCAAAAUAAAGUGGAGACACUUUGCCCAAGGAGAGAGCUCUGCUUGUGCAAGGUUGUGAUUGUGAGCAGUUCUCCCACUUCCUCAACAUCUCCAUGCCUCAUUCCAGACUCCUCAGGCCGACCCACUGACCCUUUAGAGAAGCUUUUCAUGUAGUACAUGGGACUCUGAAGAGAAAGGUACUGGAAAUUCUCCCUCCACAAGUUCCCUUCACCUUGCCACAACUGUGACAACAUUCACAGUUUCUGCUGAAUGGGAGUCUCAGUCUCAUUAGGUAAUUAAGCAGGAGGAAAUAGCUGCUGUUGAUUUUGUGCAGGGGUCUGUCUUGUGCAGUGGUGCCUUUCAACCUACUAGGGGCAUUCCUGUUCCAGCCAACCAGCCAUGCCUCCCCAGUGGUGAAUGUAGUGGGAUGACCCACCUGAUACUGACACCAGUGCUGCUUAGCUGGAUGAGUCUGGGCAGAGCUGCAAGGUCAGAGUUGCAUGGGCGCAUCCGUGGCAAAGCUUAAUUGACAGCAGAAAUCCCACUUGCUUGCCCAGUCCAAAGGACAGCCCCACUUGCCACGCUGAAGUUGUGCCCAUCCCAUUCCCAUAUAAUGAGGCCCAAGGGGUUGUCUCCCUUGUUAGCUUGCUUAGCUAUACACAGCACUUGUUGUAUUUUUGAACCUUCUUUUGCCUAUGUACCAUGCUGAUUUGAGCUUUAAAGAUUUUGGUGGAAACCAUGCUCCAAAUUCAAGUUCUUCAUCCUCCAGCGAAAGCCAGGGAAAACUGUUGACUUGAGCAAGGACCAGGCAGAGUCCUGUGCACAAAUGCAGAUUCCAGAGCACUAGUACAGAGAAGGACCCAGGGUUGUUUCCAACUAAGUUCUACUCAGAGUAGUCCCACUGAAAUUAAUGGACCUAGGUUAGCAAUGUCCAUUAAUUUCAAUGGAAAUACUCUGGGUAGAACUAACAUUGGUUACAACCCAGGAAGCUCUUAGGCAUGAAAGAUAUAGAACAUGAGCAAGCAUGGUCAAAUACAGAGCUUUCAGGACCCUAGAUAAGUCACUGAACUGAUCAUCCUGUCCAAUCUCUUCUCUGCUCCAAGGAUAGCCAUCAUGUGGCUUUGGACUACAUCAUAUGCUUUGGACUACAACUCCCAUUUUCACUAGCCAUGCUGCUGGGGUUGAUGGGAGUUGUGGUUUAAAACAUCUGGAGGGAACCACAUUGGUGACCCUACAAACUGAACUCUUUUAUAUCUCCUGGCCCUGACAAUCCCUGCUGAGCUUUGUCCAUCUCCAAGAGUGGAGAGUCCAGACCUAGGUCCUGGACCUAAGCACCCCGUUAGGUAAAAUUUUCCAACUCGAACACUGCUUCUGUUGGUGAUCAAAAUCUGGGGAGCAUGAAGUUUCUGAUCAGGAGGGGCUUGGUAACUCUGUCAAGUCAAGCUCAGGCAGUGCUGUUCUGGGCAGACUGUGUGUCUUCAUUCAGGGGCUUUGGUUUUCAGGGGCCCCUGGUUGUCAACUUCUGGCUUACUUACAGGGUUUGAUGCCAAAUGCUGGUGCUGACUGUUCCAUGUCUAUGGCUGAGACUUGGCUGCUGGCCAACAUCCAAGUCAAAUCAAUUCCAGGGCUGCAAGCUGGUCGCCAGGCAUCUUUUUGCCUGCUGGAACAUGGACAAAUAUCACAUCUAUCAAAUGGCAAGGAAUAAUCUUCUUCCAUCAGUGGUAGUGGGGGUGGACUAAUAACUAUAUUCAUUUCCAUUGAUUACAGUAGUGGAUAUUAAUUCAAUAUAUCAGCUGCAUCAUCACAAUAAAGUUUACACCAUCAAGCCAAAUGUUAAAAAUAGAAAAGCAAUUGCAUUAAUUGGAGCAUUUCUUUUCUAAGGUGCACCUCAUCUAGAGCUGAAUUAAUAUAAUGCACUCUUCUGUCACUCCUGAUAUUUCCAUGACAGCAUUUCCUUUCUCAUGCAAAUGCAUUUAUGGAUGGGAAAAUGCCAGAGAGAGUGGUGCGCUGGCAUCCUGUUUUGUCAUUUGCCUUGCAGUACUUUUCAUUCUGCUUGUCAUGAUACCUCUAUUGAGUAAACCUCUGAUGCUCAAGGUCUACUAAUAUGUUUAAAUGGUAGAUCAAUGUUGUCUCUCUCUGCACAAGAUAGUCAUAAUAAAUUAAGCCUCUUUCAGAAGGCUGGCAACUGAACUGCCCUAUAAGUUUAGCAUGUUGUGCUGGCAGAACUUUGUUGAAGAAAGGAAGAGAAGGACUAAACUAAGAAGAGGCAGAGAGCAAACCGACAAAAAAUCAGUUACAGAAAUGAAUCUUAGCAUCUCCACAAAGAGCAAAUUGUCUGCUAGAUUCCAAGAAAGCGAUACAUGCACUUGGCCUGAAGCAUCUGUAGCAAUUAACAAUAAUGAGCUUCACUUCUAAAUAAAUGAGAACAGACCUGGGGGGAGAUGCUUCUAUCUAAACAGUCUGGCAAGGGCUGUGUUCCCUAAAUAACCUUAAGUGAAGUGACAUAUUCCAAAUGAUCAGAAGCCAGUUUUUAGUGAUAUCCCCUUUGAGAAGAGGAUAAAGCCAGGAUGGAUGUACUCCUGAAUAGAACGGUGCUGUGUGUAGAUGAAUGGUCAGUAGCUGGUCACCCCUGUACAAAGCCCAGCACUUGGGAGUGUCAUCUAAGCUUCCCUGCACAGGAAAAUGAGGGGGGUGGCUAAGCAACAACCACGGAAAUAGGACUUGGCAACAGGUUAUCUUGGAGUGAGAGUAAAGUUGCUUCAGGGCCUUGCCAAACCUGUAGCCAAAACUCAGGUAAGGACUCACCACACUGAGUCUGCAAGAUGGCACCCUGGUAUGAAACAAGUCUGAUCUUCUUUAACAUAUUUAGUCACCAAUAGAGGUAUAGUCUUAUAGCAAGUGUAGAAGUGAAAAUGUUAGCAUCCUGAUACAGGAGUUCUAUAUAGGAUGGUACAACUCCAGAGAUUCUGAGUCCCUCCCUAGCUUCAAUGUACAGGUAACUCGCAGCUUUCGUGCAUUUAACUUGUGCACAUUCAGCUUUGCACGCUUUGUAGUAAUAAUUAUAAUGAUAAUAGUCCUGGAUGUAUUGUAAUUCCUUUGCCUUCACUCUAUUCAGACCCAAGAUAUUUCCCUUCUCUCCCCCACCCCAUAUCCCUAAAUUGCAGCAUGCAAAGAAAAACACACUACCUUUUUUUAACUGAAAAUGCGCUUCCUUAUGCCAGGUUGAAAAAAGCCUCACCUUCCAAAAUAUCAUAUUUCUACAUACCAGGUUGCUCAUUUCUCUCUCUGCCCCUCUUUCAAAGGAAAUUCCAAUGAGAGACAGGUGGUCCCAUGGGUGCAAGCCACCUUAGGUCUGGGCUUGACUCACUUGUGGGUCCUGAUUCAUCAGUGACUGAAAGACUAUAAACAAAACAGUGUCAGGAACUUUUUUUUUAAACGUAUUUAUAGGCUAAUGGGGAAACUUGAGAGUUUGCACUCCAAUUGUGGGACUAUGCAGCUUCUUUUAAAUAGCUAAAAUUGGUCCCUGAGAGUCCAGGUUUGCCUUCACUAGCAGUUUUUGGUCCUUUUUAAAGAAAAUUCUUCAUUUCUGGCCUGUUUUUACAUUGGCUACCAUGGCAACAGACCAUUCAGGGGGAAAGGCAUCCUUCUGUACUGAAAGAAAAAGCAAAGGAAAGUGUAGCUACUAGAGGCAUUUGCUGUGGAGGGCCAGCCCAAGCCUUUUUGCUGCCUGAGGCAAUGAUAGCACAUGCCUCAUUCCAUGUACAAACCCAACCAAAUAGGCAGCUAAAUCUUACUAGGGUGUGACAGUGCCCUCCACUGCUCUUGAGAGCAGCAGCCUAGUUUAGGAGAAGGCAAGCCAUUCUAUAUGGCACACACAGCUCUGCCCCUAUCACUUACCUCAGUAUCUGCUGCCUGAAGCAGCCGCCUUAGUCUACCUAAUGGUAGGGCCAGCCCUGUUGAUGUGGACAGGGCACCUAAAAACAAACAUACUUCAUUGUAAAGGCAAAAAAAUGACACAGCUGUCUCUUUAACCCCCACCUGGUGCUGUACAGCUUUAGAAAACAAAUGUGGGAAGUAUCCUAUGCCCCAAAAGACCCUAUUUACCAGGGAUGUGCCUGGUAAAUAUCUGGUCCUAUUUUGCAACCGUUUUGUAAGCUUCUUCAAGGAAGUCUUGUUAUGUUUAAAAUGUUGCAUUCCUAGAGGUUAUCCAGUUUAGGGUUCCUUCAAUCUCUGGGUGGCACACUAGUAAAGAAGAAACAAUAGCCAUUUCUUACCAGCUUCUCACCAGGCUAGUUUAUACACACUCUUACACACCUCUCUAUCCUUCAUCCAGUCAAACACAAAGCAUUGUCAGAGUUCAAGGACACAUUGCAGUCUGGCAAGAACACUCAAGGAGGACGAGAAGCAAUGUCAGUGCAGGGUGAAGCCUGGGGAUAGAGGUUGGGGUUGGGGUGUGGCAUUAGGAGAGUCCUAGGGCUAAACAGAGAGACCCAGAGACUUGCAUUUGGACCCAAGAUGAGGUUUCCUACCCAUGUUUAAUGUGGCAUUCACAUGAAGGACUAGUCUGGUCCUUAGUAAAGGGUAGGGGCACCUUUACUUUACUAUGCAUGUGUAUAAAUGCAUGCUAGUCCAGCACUCUGUCAUCCAGUGGCCAAUCAGAUGCUUAUGAGAAGCCCACAAGCAGGACUUGCGUGCAGCAAUGCUCUCCCUGUUUGCAAUUCUCAGAAGGUAUCCAGAGACAUACUGCCUCUGACUGUGGAGGCAGAACGUAGCCACUAAUAGCCUUAUCAUCAAUGAAUUUGUCUAAUCCUCUCUCAAAGCCUUCCAAGUCAGUGGUCAUCACUACAGAGUCACUUCUCAUACUUUCCUUUAGGUUGCAAGCCUGCAACAGGGCCCUUGGCCUUUUAAACAUUCUAUGCAGUUCCUUGUGACAUCAAGUGUUUGUGAUUUAUUUAUUUUAAACUCUAAACCAUCAUGCCCCUCAUCUGGACCGAGGAAUGCCCUAAGCACCUGUAUUUUACUAAGUUAACAUUGUAGCUCUGAUAAACCAGACAAAUCAACAGUGAUAAUGAAAACCAUUAGGGGUGAUGGCUCCGCUGAAAGGUUACAGUAUUGAAAGUGUUGCUUAAGAGCUAUCCGUGCUAAAAUAUGCCAUAUCUGGAGAUGCCCAGCAUUGAACCUGCAACCUUCCACAUGCAAGUAGAUGCACUACCACUGAGCUACAUACCUUCCCACCUUUGCCUGGAGCACCUUUACAUGCAGAGGCCCCCUUUAUAUGCAUGCAAUGUGCAGUCACCAGAGGCAGGGGGAAAUGGUGGUUAGUGAUCCCACUCUCCUAUGUGUGUUCAGUGAAUGUAUAGGAGCUGCAAAUACACCCCAUGGUGACUGAUAGUGCACCUCUGAAUGCAGAAUAGACACAUUUUUGUCUGGAUUUAUCCUGUCAUAAAUCUGGGCAAGAUCUGCAUCAGUUACCUCUGCCACUUGUGUUGCCAAAGUAACUCUGACGCUAAAAGCUUGUAUUUGUAGACCACAUGACCUGUAACCAUGGAGAUCUCAUCCCUGUGAUUCGUCACAACGUGAUUUAGCUGCUUGUUCCUUAGCAGCACCGGGGCAAAGCAGAUGGGGAAAGGAAUUAAUUAGAGAUGGGGAAUUUAUCUUUUUGCAGUGUAACUGACCAGUGGCUUAAAUUUGUCCUCCAACGAUGCUCAAAGCUACCCACAAUCCAUCAAGGUUCUAUAACAGAAACAGCAUGAGCUAGGGACUGGAGGAUACUGCUAAUAUCCAGUUGGGGUGUGUUAAACACAACAAGGGUUUGACCUAGGAAUAUGUGAAACUCCAUUUAGAAAUGUCCUCUGUGGUGCUUUACAUACAGCUGUGGGGCGUGCCAGGGGCAAGAGGCACUGGGAAAGCCACUGCAGAGGUGAGGGGCAAGGAACACUGGGAAAUUAGCAGUAUGUUUGUUUGUUUGUUUGUUUAGUGCCAUCACCACAGUACUUCAGAGCUCAAGAAAGCAGCUCCUUGCCACAAGGAGCUUACCAUCUAAAAAUUGGUAUGGGAAAAACAAUAUGAGAAAGAAGGCAGGGGAAAAUAAGGAAGCAAUAGGUAUUUGUUUCAACCUGUCUGUUGAGCAUUCAUUCUGAUUUUGUUGCAGGAAGGUUAGAUGUCAUUGCAUCAAAACGAGCAGUAUCCUACACUUUUCAAUGCAUUCUCCCAUCACUUUCCUUAUCACAAAAAGUCCCAUCAUUUGGGGAAGCAAGUUUGUUGCACAUGACCUCCCAAUCCACUAUCAUUGAGCAACCUGGAUUUGCCGUACCCAAAACAAUGCCCUCAGUUGCCCAUGCUUAGGCUUCUCGACUGGCUGGAUCACAAUAAGGCAUGAGAGAUGGGCGAUUGUGCAAAGGCUUUGUGGGUUUUGAAGAGGGAUGUGAAGGAAGGAGGCAGUUCCAAGCAUGCAAUAGCAGAGGAGUAAAAUCAGAGCCUUUUGAAGAAGUAGGAAUCCUUCACAUGGUAGAGGGUGGUGGAGCUGGAGCAGCAAAGAUCAUGAGACAGAUGCCAGAGAAGGGAGGAGAGAAUGAAGACCUCUCUUUCCCUUUCUCCAUUCCCCUGUUGCUAAUGAGAGGCCAGCAGCAAAGGUAUGUGGGUGAGAAAAGGCAGGAGAAGAAGCAGGAGGCUGGAUGCUCCCAGGGAGGACCAGAAGAGUGCUUGCUUUUUCCCCUUUUCCCUCCAGCCUUUUUUCUUGUGGGUCAUGUAGUUUAGACAGGCAGGAACUCUCUUGUUUUAACUUAUGGUAUGUAAGACUCUUUGGGAGUCUUUUUGGCUAAAAAGCAGGGUACAAAUGCAAUAAGUAAAUAAAUAGUACUGGGCUAUCUCCAACAACUGCAGAGAUAGAGCCUGAGGGAUAGGGGCUUCCCUAGUGUGAUUGUGGCAAAUAGCUCAUACUCUUUGCUGCUACACUGCCACCAGACAGGGAGUGUGGUGUAGUGGUUAGUGUCAGUCUAGGCUGGGUUCAGAUAUCCACAAAGCUUACUGGGUGACUUCGGGUUCAGUCACCCUAUCUCUGCCAAAAGUACUACAUAGGGUGAUUGCAAUGAUAAUAGUUAGCAGUGGUGGCAAUAAAAGUUAGGGAAAUUGUGGAAUAAAAAUGCAGUAAAUAGUACCCACUCUCUUAUAUCAGGUUCUGCAUUUUCUGCUCACACAGAAGCCAAAUAGCCAUUGAUUAUUAUGCAGCAGUUCAUCAGGAGUAGAAUUCCCUACAGUGCACAUUUCUUAGAUCCAGCAGAGCAAGAAAAGGAGGUCCGUAUCUCCAUGCCUGCAGAAUACAGUGGUCUCCUUAACUUAGGUGGAGAAAAUUUUAAACAGCACAGUAGAUAAUGUUGCAUUAAACGCAGGUGUCAGCGUUGAUUUUAAAAUUCAACCAGCUCUGGAGAUACAAAAGCAACCUGUAUUGCUGGAACAGGGCCUAAUGACCAGAUGUUACAUUAUAUGUGAGGCUACCAUGUUAUCCACCAGUGUGGGUGAAAUGCUUCUUUCUUCCCUUUGGUAUGCUGUGAUGCAGUAAUGAUUCAUUCGGUGUUGUGGCUGUGUUUUCUGCUACAUUUGACUAUGAGUUUCUUUCCAUAUGCCUCCGAAGAUCUAUCAAACCAUGCACAAAUGUUUGUGUUUAGUCUUUACUAAAAAGCAGCUACAGAGGGAGGGAGCUAUCUGACCAAGCGUUGGUGGAGGGCAUUGAUCCAGUUACUGUCAGUGAGCUGCAAAGCAGAAGGCAUGCAGACAUAAUAUAGGUGCCUGUAUCUUUGCCCCUUGGUGACUAAUAGCAAGACUUCCCAGGUGAGCAGUUGGAUGGGGGACCAUGGAAAAGAUUGGCAACUCUUGCCACCUCUAUAUUAUGGCCUUGAUCUAACUCAUGGUCAGAAUACAGCCUGACAAAGACCCCUAUGUAGAUCUAUUAUGAAGAAGAGGCAAGGGCCCCACAGAGAAUCCCAGUACAACUGGGACCUAGAAAGGCCCAUUAUACUCCUUAGGCAGCCCAAAAUACCUAGCAACAAUGGAAGCUGUCCUAUAUUGAGUCAGACUACUGACCCAUCUAGCUCAGUAUUGUCUACACCAGAGAUGGGGAAACUUUGGCCCUCUAGAUGAUGUUGUGUUGUUGGACUGCAACUCCCAUCGUCCUUGACCAUUAGCACGCUGCCUGGGUCUGAUGCGAGUUGGGACCUACCAACAUUUGAAGGGCCACAUGUUCCCCACCUGUGGUCUACACUCACUGGCAGUGGCAAUCAGUGAUUUCAGAUAGGUGAUGUUCCCAGCUCUACCUGCAGAUGCUGAGGAUUGAAUGCUUCCUCUGUGGAUCCACAUCCUUAGUGCAAUGGUAUUAUGGACAGAAACUUCACAAACUGCUCUUCCCUUUUCCCGCUUCCAUAUGCAGCAUAUAAACCAGCUGUAAGAAAUGCAGGUAAUUCCUCCAAUUGUAAUGUGGCACGUGAACCAGUCCUGAGAGGGUAGUACUUUGCAAACUGAGAAAUGAAACACAAGGCAAUUAAGUGUUAUUGUAUCCCACUUGAGUCAGAACUCCUUAAACAUUUAGUCGGUGCAUAUGGGGGCUGGUAAAUUGUUUCAGUUAGACACUAAUGACUUCGUGCUUUUAGAUAAAUUCCAAAUUAGCCUGAAGAUUGGAAAUGGUGGAUGGGAGUCUCAGCAGUCUUUAUUCAGCUGAGCAAUAGAGGUGGCAAAAUACACUGGGGGAAAGGGAAAGGUUGAACUGGAAGGAUUCACCAAGCUGCUUUCUGUUCUCGAGUCCAGACCAGCUUCAUUUUACUGGCACUUUCAUUGCUUAUCUCAUUGCUGAUUUGUUCCUUCUGGACCACUUAUCCCCACUUGGCCUUGAAGCUCACUGGGUGACCUCAGGCCAGUCACUGCCUCUCAGCCAAAGUGAUAUCACAGGGUUGUUGUGGGGAUUAAAUGAGGAGGGGAGAAACCAUGUUCUUGGAAGAAAAAAGUGGGAUAUAAAUGCAAUAAACAUAUAAAAUAAAUCAUUUAUACAGUUAUUUCAUAAAAUAACUGCUUGAUAUACACGGUUUGAUUGUAAAAAACAAACAAACCUCAAAAUGGUUAAAAAUAGCUAAUUAACACACCUUUUAGCAACUGGUAUUGUGUUCACAGGGUCUAAAAGCAGGAAGGGGGGCAGGCAUAUGCCUGCAACCCCCAGCCCUACACGGAUGUGCCAGGGAUUGGGGCCUUUGGCAUACAAACCAGCUUCUCUUCCACUGAGCUGUAGCCCUUAAGUAGGGUGGUCUGUUGUAAAAGAGGACAGGGUCCUUGCAAUUUUAAGUUGUGUAAAGAAAUAAUAAUAAUAAUAAUAAUAAUAAUAAUAAUAAUAAUAAUAAUAAAUAAGUUGUUACAGAAGCAAGAACAAAGAGCCUUCACAGCAGAGGAGACAGCAAUGCUUUGCACCAAAUAUUUUCAUGCCUUUUCAGUAUUUUUAUUUGGCAUAUAUGUUGCUCACAGUCAAAAGAAAAGCAGGGGGAGUCAACAUGUUGCCCUUCAAUGGCCAGGGAUGGUUAGAUUUUCUGUCCAAAAGCAGCUGGACUUCCCCUGGAGUAAAGUAACCACAAUGAACACUUGUAGAUUACACUGCUUUUUCAAAACAGAGACACAGAGAAAGAAUAGUGGACAUCUCCAAAAGUAGGUCUUUAAACUUGGCUAAUUCUCUUGCUGCUCUCUACAACAAAACUAAUUUUCUGUCUCCUAGAAAUCUGAUACAGCUCCAUCUAUGCAUACAAUUUCUUUUUUACAGUUCUCUCCUAACUCCCCCCAUCUGCAUUCAAUACACAGAGCAGCCUUGUUUUUAUAUAUUAAAAAUUGGAAUCAUAUUGUUUUCUUUCCCAGCACCUGUUGCUCAAAUUAUGGAGAAUUUGCCUAUAAGCACACCUUGAGCUUUUCCCCAGAGGGUUAAAGCUGAUACUGUGUAUGAGAGAAAAAUGCAAGGGAAGCUUAUUUCCUUCCGCUGAGCAUGAGAUAUGGGCAUGCAGCAACUACUUUAAUCACCAUUUUUUGGCUGCCAGCCCAAAACCACAUAUUUGUGAGUAGUCCAUUACUUUUCUUUUUCUUUUGGCAAAGAAAUAGAUCCAGGAAUUUGGUGAUAAGUCUCACCUAGCAGUCUAACAUGCUUGCUCAGUCAUUCAGAUCUGGAACUAUUUCCAGCUUUGGUACAGCAAACCCUUAUAGUUUGCUAAGAAAUUCUAAAUGGCUUUAUUUGCUGUCAAAAAGAUUGCAAAAUAAGUGAUUGGCAAGGAUCCCUUGCUAAAGUAUUAGUGGUCCAGUGAGGAUGUGGUGUAGCAGCUACAGUUUAGUGUGAGGAGAAGGAGUGAGACUUGAACUUGUACACUCCAUUCCUGGCGUAGCUGCAAGAAGAAAUUUUUUUACUUCCAGUUUCCAUUUACCACAUCUUACAUUAUUUGUACCCAACAAACUGUGGUUAAUCUUAACACUGGUUUGUUUGAAACAAGCAAACUUCAAACCAUGGGUUAGGAAGGUGGCUUGUUUUAGCAAUUGGGAUUCUCUUAAGGGAGGGUCCUGCUUGUGUGCGGGCUUGAAGGACCCCUCCCCCAUAACCUAAGAGCCGGGCUAUGCCCGGCUCUUUCUUCUAUUGGCCCCACAAUCGCGCCACUUCUAGGCAGCCAGUCAGGCUGCUUGGCACGAAUGUGAGGGAUAUAAAUCGGCAGUGGGACGCGUCACGCUCACUUGCUUCCCACCGCCGAAGAUCCACCUUCCCACCUUCUUCUGCAUCGGUGGCCUGGCCUUGCUUGGGACUUUGGUUGGUCACCUGUUUUGCGGCAGGGGCCUGGUAGGAAAUUUUCCACUUGGCAAAUUGGCACUGGCCAUUUGGUUUUCGCCUACCUCCCAGCAAUUGUCACAACUUUGUAAGGUUUGGCGGUUAGGCAUUGACUCUGUGGGGGAUGUGGGAGAGGAGGUGCGGCCAUCACCAGCCCCUCCGAAGUCCACUUGAGGGGCUAGGGCCAUGCCAGGACCACGGGAACAUUGGGGUGUGCUUCUGUUGAUCUACAUCGAUGUAGCUCCCUCGUUGGGUUACCCUUCUAGACUCCCUGCAAGGGGGGCAGGAAUCAGUUAUAGUUCGUCAAUGCCUAAGCCAAUACUGCUCACUUUGUGUAAUUCAAUAAAGUUGUGGCAUAAAUUUUGCCCAGCAACCUUAAACUUAAAUAUGUGUCUGUGUGAAUUAUUUUAUGGUGGUUGGGGCGGGGGCGUCCUGGGGCCCUCAAGACGCAAACCAUGUUUAAGUUUAUGAUAUUAUGUAUUGUAUAUUUUUCUGUGCUGUAAGUCGCUUGGAGACCUUCAGGUGACAAGCAACUAAUAAGUUUAAGAAAUAACUAAAAGAAAUUUAGUGAGGUACUUUUCAAAAGCUUUUUUGUUAUUCUUAAGUACACAGUACACAUGCUGCUUUUGCUUCAAGCGAGACUUGUUCUAUAUGCUUGGUAAUUCUAUCUUAAAUCUAUCUUAAAUCAUACUUUCCACCAGUUUCCCCAGAACAUACAUUAAGCUAACCAGUCUGUAAUUUCCCAGAUCCCUACUGGAUCUCUUUUUUAAAAAAUAGUUUUAUGGCCCUCAGAAAUAGUGACUUAUAUUAGGAAGGAGUUGUGUAUUUUCAUCAUAAGAUUAGCAAUUGCACAUUUGAGGAUUGCAGUCUUAAUAUUCAAUAUUCUCUUCUAACACUUGGUUGAAUGGGUUCAUUUUUAUUAUCACUAAUGUACUGCAAACCUUUCUCAUCCGAUUUUUGGUACUUCAACAUAUUCUCAUUGGGCUAAAGAUUCGAGUUCAUUUGUAUUUGCAUCAUGAAAUAUGCUUGCAUUCAAAGGUGAACUGUUUUUUGUUUGUUUGUUUGUUUGUUUGUUUGUUUAUGUGCAUCACAAAGGGGGUGUAACUUGGGCAUUUGUUACCUUCUAGGUGAAAGAAGCAAUGCAAAGAAUCCAUGACAGAGGCAACAUAGGGAAAUUAAUUUUGGAUGUGGAGAAAACACCAACUCCAUUGGUAAGUGAAAAUAAGUUUUAGGCAGUGGUGACUAAUUUCUUUUUUGGACAGAUGGUCACAUUCACUAUUGUUGAACCCUCUGGGGGGCACAUUGCAGCAGUGGGUGUUGCCCAAAAUGGGCAUGGCUCCCUAUUUGUGGAAUGCUCUCUUGACCAAUUCUGUGCCUGGUUCCAUGAGGUUUUGUUAUCUCUUAACAAUGCAUUUAGAGGGUUGGACAGCAUCCAUUUCUCCACCCAUUUCUGGGAGGGGGGUUCUUAUAAAAUAAAAAAAGUCUUUUGAAUUGUUCCAAAUGGAAGGCAAAUUAGAGCUUGCAUAAGUUUCUUUCUGGCUUUGGGGUGUAUUGGGAGAAUGGGAAGUGUUGGAUCAGUUCCUUUCCCUACACUGUUGCCCCUACAUGUCCCCUUUUCAGUUUUACUGGCAUCAGCACUCUGACAAUCAGCAGGACAAGGGCCAUAGAAGUUUCUGCUGCUACAGGGAAGUGUCAUCCAACAUCUGAUCUCCUUCUCCAAGGCCAGAAUUCUUUCUCUGCCUUUGGCAUGGAAGACCUCAUGAUCCAUAUAGCCCUGGGACAUCCUCCCAGGGAACAUAGAAUUGCAAAGUUACACUGGAUUAACAAGAAAGGAACAGUCAUUUGCAAACAGCCUUCACUUUAAUUAAUCACAUUCAUGAAAUCUACACAUUUUUACAUCAACACAGACCCCGUGAGACUACUGUGUAUAUGAAGGGCAUUUAUUAGCAAACUUUACAUGUAUUUUCCUAAGGGACUGUAUUUUACUUUUCUAAUUUCAUCAAUGCCCUGCUCAUUUUUUCUUGGUUGCUAUAUAGGACAUAUUUCAUUGUGGUCAAAGAGUGAUGGAGGAUUCUACACAUAAUUCAUUCACUGGUUCCAUUUCUUUUUAUGGCCUAAGAACUAAAUUUCUGAACAUCCAGUCUGUGCAUCUGAAAUGGAUUAAAGUGCUCUGUUUCCCUAGCACAACAAAUCUACUUGUUAAAAGCAUCCGACUUGUUGCAGUUUGGAAAGUGAUGUAGAGAAUACAUUGAAAAGCUUGCAAUGGAUGAAUGACUAACAUCCUGCAAAAUAAUAAUAAUGAAUGCUCAGUAAAGACUGGAUAUAAUUAACUCUCACAUCAGUUUUGCACCAGAAAAUCAGGAUGAAUGCUCAUUAAAAGUUGGUCAUCUGAAGUUGCCCCAAGCCAUAAUGGAAGUUAUCUCCACUCUUAGAGACAGUAUGCCAUUGAGUACCAGUUGCUGAAGGCAAAACAGCAUGGGAAGGCUGUUGCUUUCAAGCUCCACUGGUGAUUAAGUGAUAACACAUGUCCUCAAACCCUUGGUGAGUUAGCGACUUCCCCUGCAUGCAAAGUCAGGCUCUGGUGGAUUGAGCAGAUGAGAACAAUAGUGGGUCCAAUUGUCAAGAAGGCAGUUUCUGCACAUCAUUUAGCCUAAUAAAGUUAUUGACAUAAUAUGGAUUUGGAGCUGUAUUCAAAUUUUAAUUUUACUCAGAGCAAAACAAUUGAAAUUCAUGGACAUGACUAGGGAUGGGACUUGUUGCUUUUCUUAACUCAGUUUGCAUUUGCAGUUUUUAUCACAGUUGCUCAGUCCAUGAUGACACUGAUCUCCUUACUGCAGUACACUGGUACCUCGGUUUAAGAACAGCCCUAUUUAUGAACUAUUUGAUUUACAAACUCCACAAAACCGGAAGUAGUGUCCCAGUUUGUGAACUUUACCUCGGUCUAAGAAUGGAAGCCGAACGGUGGAAGAGCACCGGCGGUGGGAGACCUCAUUAGGGAAAGCACACCUUGGUUUAAGAAUGGUUUCAUUUAAAAAAGGAAUUCCGGAACGGAUUAAGUUCGUAAACCGAGGUACCACUGUAUGGGCUUGUUGUGCAGCCUUAAAUGUCAACAGUGAACUGAUGUCAAUCUUUAUCAUUCUAGCCAAAAGAAAUGUGAGCUGCAAAUGCAAAUCACCUGCCCCCAGGGCACACAAGAAUGACUUCUGUCCUUUGGGCCACCUCCCAGUGUGAUCCUUUCUUCACCUCACAGUGGGAUCGUGUAUUUGAAUACAAUACCAUUGAACUCAGUGAAACUUACUUUUGAGUAAACAUGCAUAAGAUACGCUUUUGACUCUGAUCCCUUGAGGCAAAAGCUUGGGGUAAAAGGUUCAUUCUGGAUAAUCAGUAUCACAGGACAUUUGCAAGAUCUCUGUUUGUGAACGUGCGUUCUUUUUUCUUUAAUGGCUUUGAGAUCACUUUUUGUGAACUUCACCCCUUAGGCAUAACUAACUUUGGUCCAUCAAUUUUAAUAACUCUACUGUGAGUAGAACUAACAUUGUAUGUGUGCAACCUUUAAUUUUUAAAAAAAUGUUGCCUUAUGGGCCAACUCUGCUAUCCUUGGCAUUUUUUCUUGGCGCAUUGCAUAGAAUCAUAGGAUCAUAGAGUUGGAAGGGACCAGCCCCCUGCCAAGCAGGAAUCUCAACUAAAACAUCCAUGACAGGUGGCCAUCCAACCUCUUGGUUUCCUUUGUUUUGUUCAUAGAUGGCCAAUGACAGUACAGAAACCAGUGAAGCUGGCGAAGAGGAAGAAGACCACGAGGGGGACAAUGAGAAUAAAGAACGUAUGCCAUUCAUCCAGCAAUAGCUAUGAGUGGAGGGAAUGAAAGCGGGAAGAAUUGAUAGAGCAAAAGAAGGGAAGGUGACUGGGAGGUCCAUUUUGUGCACCAGUGAACAAAUGCUCUAGUACAGUGUGUGUUGUUCUUUUUUUGUCUGCAGUCAGCUGAGCUAUAAGCUGUUGAUCAUUGAUGUUUUGAAACUCAAGUGCCAUUCCCACCCAGUCCAGUAUUAUAACAUUCCAUCACAUGCCACCCAGUUUGCCUGUUGAGUUCCUGUCUGAAGCCUUAUUAGCAUCCACAGUAAACUGAAAUGUGAACCUCUUCUCUUGUGGUUUCAAAAAGGCAAGUUUUCAAGCCAGUUUUAGAAGGGUGAUUUCUGGUUGGCUUCUUCUUAAACCUCACCUAUUCCAUUAGCCAGUGAAAUGAUUAUAAAAACAUUUAUAAUCAUUUAUUUCAGUGGGUGAGCUCACCCACCCACCUGCCUAAGGAUAAUUCUGUGGUGGACAAAACGGGUAUGUGUACUCCUUUCAGCACUGCAUAUUAGGCAUUAUGAGAGAAGGCUGAGUAGGCUUGAUUCCUGUCAUUCUUUUUUAAAAAGAGAGAGAGCGCUUUGUGAAUUGGGCCUCCAUGCAAAUAGGCCCACAUAUUAGACUCGUACAACAGCUUAUAUUGUUCAAGGUGGGAGAAAGCACCCACAUUCUGCGCUCCAAAUUUCAACCUUUAACCAAAUGAUGGAGAUCCUGAGCAUCUAUACAAAGAGGCAAGACUGCCUUCAACACAUAUGUCAAUUAGAAUUUUCACCAAGGAUUUGUUGAUGCCCCCAGCUGUGCAAGGAGCUUUUAGAGGAGAGUGAGAACUUUUCUUUUGAAGCACAAAUGCAGGCUGCUGACAGGACAGUUCACUAUCCAUUCCAUCCCCUGACGAUACUUCUGAACCAACAAGUCCUUCUUAAACUCUUAAGACAAUAAAAUACCUCAUUUGUUCUUUAUUGUUUGGUGGAUAGAGAAAUAGACUAGGUGACAGCAACAGCACUGAUUGGUAUAACUACAUGUACAUUAGUGGACAGAACCCAUUAAUUAAUUAGAAAAAAAGUAUUCAGUCCUGGUGCCAACAAAUAUGUUUACUGUUGGCCCAUCUAAGUUUAUUGCCUUAUAAAGAAAAACAUACAUGACAGUCCCCCCCCCCCCAAGUUCUAAAAAGUUCCUUUGCCACAAAGAACUACAGAAUUCCCUGAUCAUUCAAAAGUGCACUCUUAAUAUUUUUAAAGGUUGGUCAAUGAUAGCUAUCUCUGUACAUCACAUUGGGAUAAAGGUUUAUUAAUCCUUCAUGCAAGCACCAAAACAGAGCUGACCUAAUUUGAGUAAUUCUUCUCUCAGUUUGAAGCACUUCACCACACACUGAUCUAACUGAGAACCAUGUCAGGCCCCAGGAGAGAGGUCUCUUAGACCCUAGUGCCUGUCCUUCCACACUGACACAGCUCACUCACACCCAUGUAAUUCUAGUAUUGUACAUCACACUAAUUAAAGAAAACAUCUCACCUAAAUGUGUAGCCGAACUGUUAAACUUAACAUCAUUUUUCCAAGACAGCAAAGAAAAAUCAGUUGCUAACCUUUUUCCUCACAGUGACAAGGAUGGAUUUGGAUUAACACAGUAUGUCAUUUUAAUGAUUCUCAUUCUGGUAUUUUUCUAAUUUUCUCGCAUUGCGUUCUGUGUAUAAUUGUCUCCUUCGUUCACAUGAAAAUUGGAUUUGGGUGGUAAAUCAUUAUAUAUUGAGCCUACUAGCAUUUAGCCUGACUCUAAAUCAACAAAGCUACAGAUAUGAACAAAAUUGUAUAAGGAUGAGAAAUGCUUAAAAAGGGCCUGGCGGGGGGUGGGGGGGAGGGAGGUUGGAAGUAUAAUUGUCUAAGUGUUAGAAGAAAUAAUCAGAUUUGUAUGAGCAAUUUAGCAUAAUUCCAGCAUAUCUCUUUAUCCUAUUCCUCAUAUAAAAUAAAAGUGCCAUAUUGGGCUGCACUUUGCAGUUUGUGUGCAAGCAAAAUGAAGCCAUUUGGAAUGUCAUAGCCACUGGGACUGCAGCUGAGGUAUUUAAAAGAAGCAGCCAUUCAUUUUUAAUUAAAAAGUAAGGUAGAGCUAGAAUGGGCGGGUGUGAGAUAGAACAACAUUUAACUUACAGAGCAAUCCUAUGCACAUUUACUCAGAUGUAGGUCCCACUGUAUUCCAUGGAGCAGUAUUUCAAUCAAAUAAUUCCUCAUACGUGACAAUUCACACAAUAAACCAUAGUUAUGAAUGACCAGGUGUUUCAUAUACAUUUGGGUCAUUCUUUGGGUUAGCCAGGAAAACGAAAAGAGUGGGCAGAUACAUCUCUCUAAAUACUUUAUUUGGGAGAGGGCAGGCCUGCUUAAGGCUUAAGGGUACUUGUCUCUGUUGAAAUGAGCUGAGCCAGGAUGUGGUUCAUUUCUUUUACAGAUGAACCAAAGAGAAAACAACAAAAGCCAGGAGCAUGAAAAAAAAUCAUUUUUUUUAAAAAAAAUACCGAAGUAAAUGCAAGUUGACAUUUAAAGUUGAUUUCCCAUGGCGAACUGAUCUUCUCAACACUGCAAAACGGGUCUAGGUUAUGGCUCGACCCAUCCUGACACAAUCACCAUCUGAAACGAUUUUUCAGCAGGCAGAGUUAUAAUGUAUACCAGCAUUGGAGCAUUCACAAGAUGAGCUCCAGUAUUCACUCCAGUACAGUCGUACCUUGGUUUUCGAACAGCUUAGUUCCCAAAUGUUUUGGCUCACAAACGAUGCAAACCCGGAAGUGACUGUUCUGGUUUCUGAACUAUUUUUGGAAGCCAAAUGUCCGAUGGGGCUUCUGCAGCUUCCGAUUGGCCGCAGGAGCUUUGGUUUUUGAAUGUUUUUGAAGUCAAACGGACUUCCGGAGCAGAUUCUGUUCAACUUCCAAGGUACAAUUGUAUUGUUGAUUUAAUCAGAAUUGACUGUGUUACUCAACCCAUGCAUGUUUUCUCACAAGACAGUCCCAUGUCCAGUGGGAUUACUCCCAGAUAGGUUUGCAUAGCAUAGUAACUUUAACACUGCAGAUGCAAAUCUAAGAAGACUUACUGCCGCCUACUUUUUGCUGCACAAAUUUUCUCUUCAUUUUGAACUAGGUGUGGCAAAUAUAACUCACAAGAACUCACACCUAAGUUAUAAUCAAGCAUUUAUCCUGAGCAUGCACAAAGUAUAAAGGGGGCUGCUCACUGGUCCUACUCUGUCUACUCCUGACCUUUAUGUGUUUAACAUAAAGGUCUAAGGUGUGUUGUUUUUUAAAGUGCAUUUAGAAACCCUGAGCCUGUGUAGUACAGUAUUCCUAAGUAUCUACUUUUGUUGAUGAGGGUUGUGGAUUCAUGCCAAAUUCAAAAUGGACCAAUUGCAUCAUAGGCAUUUACAAAUGCUGGCUGCUUCCAGGAGCAAAUUGUGCAGCAAGAUACAUAUACACAUGUGCAAUGUGUUCCAUUAAUGAGUCACACAUAUAGUUCAAUCUCAUUCUCAGUUCUGUAGUGUUAUGCCUUUUUGUAUCAUCAGGAAGCAAGAUGUGGGUGGAACUCUUUUGUUUGCUUUGAGAUCUGAUUGUGGGAAUCACUCCAGGAAGCCUUCCAUCCCUGGGAAAUAUUAUUUUGGAACAUUGCACUGAAAGAACAUUUUGCUGUCAAGUUUAAUCAGAGCUGUCCAGUUCAUGCAAAUUUACUAUAACUAGGUUGAAACUGAAAUCCCACCUUUAUUGACCUCCACUUAAUUUGCACCAUUUUCACUAGAGUCAGGAUUUGAUCCUGAUACUUAAGAUUUAAGUACACUAACAGGUGCAAACCACAUGAGACAUUCAUUCAUGUUCUCUCUCUCUCUCUCUCUCUCUCUCUCUCUCUCUCUCAUUCCUGGCUUGAAAUUCUCAGAAAACUGCAUUCUCCUACCAUGCCAACAUUGCAUUGUUGCUCACUUGGAAAAUGAGCCCCAUACACACUCCCAUCUGUUAGAGAGAUGACUGGGAGCACAAGGCCAUUUCAAACUGUAUGUUCCUUGUCUGGAUAUGAUGGCACUACAAGAGUGCACAUAAUCACCCAAUGCCCAAUCUCAAUUGUCCAAUCAAACGCUUAGAAAGAGAUUUAGAGAGAUGGCCCAUUUCAAAUACAUUGGGGGAACAUGUAGCUGUGUGUUUGCUCCUCACAGAUUUUUUUUUUAAAAAAACCCAUUGUAUUUUGAAAGUAAGGUAGAGUCUAGCCUUCAAAUGAUAUGCUAGUGUUCCUUGCAAGAGAUUAUCCACAUAUGUAACUACUCCACAUGCAUUUUGAAGUGACACAAGCCUGCAAAGACUAUGUCACCUUUUGUUCUUCACAUCUAAUCACAAAUUUAGCGCUGGCUUUCAUGGGAUUACUCUGAGGGACAUGGCCCUAUUUCUUUAAGUACAAAUAGUUGAAUCACCUCUCUUCCGGGUAGUAGAAGAGACUGCAGAAAGGGAGUUAGCAUUUCCUCAGUGUUUUACUGGUACAGGGGAAACGGAAUCAUUACUGAACUCCAAACUGUAACACUGUCAGCGGGGCGCUUUCAAUUUCUCUCUAAUUAAUUGGUUAUUUUCUCCCAGUGAAAGCAAAUUAUUUCUCAAUUUCGAUAAUGGAACUGUGAAGGCCUCUCUUUACCAUCAGCCUGAAGGAAGAGAACCGGAACACUUGUUUUAAUUGUUAUUUGUUGCUUUAGAGCUUUUGUUAUAUUGUGCCUACCAAGCAAAUGAUGUUUACAUGAAAAUAUGAAUAAAAUAUUAAGCAUAGC